AUGUCUCUUUGUAGUGCCACAGCCAGCGCAAAAAUGAUGGCGGCUUACAAUGGCGGUACAUCUGCAGCAGCAGCAGGUCACCACCACCACCACCAUCACCACCUUCCUCAUCUCCCCCCUCCUCAUCUCCAUCACCACCACCACUCUCAGCACCACUUGCACCCAGGCUCUGCGGCUGCAGUACAUCCCGUACAGCAACAUGCUUCUUCGGCUGCUGCUGCAGCCGCAGCUGCGGCCGCGGCAGCCAUGUUAAACCCAGGGCAGCAGCAGCCAUAUUUUCCAUCACCGGCACCAGGUCAAGCCCCUGGACCAGCAGCAGCAGCCCCAGCUCAGGUACAAGCUGCAGCAGCUGCUGCAGUCAAAGCGCACCAUCAUCAGCACUCGCAUCAUCCACAACAGCAACUGGAUAUUGAACCAGACAGGCCUAUUGGAUAUGGAGCCUUUGGUGUAGUUUGGUGAGUAUGGGGAGCAAACAGCUCUUGCACUCUGGUGGCUUCCAAGCCACAGCAUAUUCCUGUUGCCAUUUGAACUUGAAUGCCAACACGCUACUUUUCAACAGGUGCCUGUUCAAGCCUGUAGCAGAUGGUGUCCACCCCCACCAGAAAAAAGGGAGAUUAGAAAGUGCAUUAGAAAUGUAUGAGCUGGGGAGCUUCAACUUGUAUGUGUGUUUAGUGGCACAUAGUUAACACGAAUGAAGUGUUUCUGUUAAUUGUGGCAGGUAUCAAAACAAAAUGUUGCUACCUUUUUGCUGUAAUGAUUGUCAUCAGGUUGUCACUUGUGUACCUUGAAAAAAUGUAUCAGUUCCUGGAGAAAUAGUAAGGUGAAUUUGCACAUCUGUAUUUCAUAACUUUAAUUCAUUUGGAUUUCUUGGAUUUUUACCAUUUAGAGCCUUGUCUACAUUUCCAAACUUUAUUCCCCUCGCCUUCUCUCCUAUUGGAGCGCAAAAAAACUAGAUUUAAAAAAGUGGAAGCUGGCAUUCUUGGUACUUGCAGGUCCUUACCUACUCCUGUACAGUAGGUGGUUUGCUCUUGCUUCUUCUAUAGCUGCAGCCCAACAGUGCAAUCCUAUGCAAGUCAGUCCCAUUGCAUUCAGUGGGACUUAUUUGCAGCCCCAGGUGAGUGAGUGUAAAAUUGCAACCUAAAUUGGCUUGGAUUAUGUCCGACAUCAUUGCCUUGAGACAAAUACAACCUGCUUAGAUUUUCCAAAACAUUCUGCUGCUACUGCCGAAGCAUUUACUAUGUGUUUUAGAGGUCAGUAGCUUGGGUUGCAUCAGAAUGCCAUUUUUUAUAGUAAUAGAAUUUCAUUCAUGUGUGUCUUAAAUGCAAAUGGAGAAAAGUUGGUUUCUGAAUCCAGUGACUGGAGUUGGAAGCAAUUUCUUUUGGACUCUUGGUUUUGGCAGGUGACUAGAGUCUGCAUUUCCCCUGCAGUAUCACACAGUGUAUUUCCUAAAAGUUAUCUUAGGACUUUGCACUUCAUCCAGAUCCCCCCCCCAUCUUACUUUGCUUUGGCAUGGGCCGUCACAGCUACAAAACCCUAGGAACCUUGUGUAGGAAACAAAAUGUUUUAAUGACUCUCUGCUUGGCCUUGUUUAAAAAUGGCUUUAAAAGAGGGAAAUUAUCCCUGUCUUGAUAUCGAAGCAGAAUGAUAACCAAAAAUCUAUGUAGACAUUUAUAAAAUGGAUUUGGAUUGUAUUUGUAACUUUUCUUGCAUUGAGCUAAACAGUCAUGUGGCCCAUUGAAUGUAAGAGGCACAAAAUGUAUAAGGGGAGAGGUUUUCAGUUGUGCAGGAAAUUGAUCCAAUAAAAAGCUACCCCCUGUUUGUAUUGUAUUCUUACCACCAGGAUAACAAUUCUUGAAUCAGCAAAAAAAUCCUCUUUUGUACUAUAAGGAAUGCUUUGCUUGCCUCAGCUGUCAUGCUAUAGUUUUCACUUAGCUGAACUAAAAUCAUUGCAUGUAUUAAUGCUAUGAUUCACUGGAUUAAUAUGUGCUGUAAUAGAGUGCUGUGGAGUAGAGUGGUUUUGACAGCUAAGACACAGUUGGAUUUAGACUGGUAACUGAUAGUAUCAUACAAAUGUAUUGCUUAAACAGGUUUCAGCAUAGAAGUGUUACUUAAGCAGGGAACGGCUAAGGGCCUAAGAUGAAUUUUUUUGUAAUUAGUGAAUGCUUCCAAGUUAAUGAUUUGAUUUCUGUCAAGUGUAUAUUCUGUGUUUCUUAUACCACUUCUGGAAUUAAAAACUAAGAUUUAUAGCUGUCUAUCCUCUUCUUGGAUUAUACUUUACUGCAGACUGUUUAAUAAAUGCUGUGAAUGAGAAUCUUAACAGUGAAUCCUAGGGAUGUCUAGUUGGAAGUAGCUCUCAUUGAAUUUAGUAAGACUUACUAUCUGUGAAUUGUAUUUUUGCAGUUCUAGUUAUAGGCUAUUUAUUGAAAAAUAUGUGUCAGGGAACUGACAUCGGAGCUAGAGGUGGAGGGAAGGCUCUCUAGUGAUGCUGGAGAAGGGCCCAGCAGGGAGAGAGGCAGCUCAGGAGAUGGGGAAGCAAUUCAGUGCAACACCAGGAAUAAGGAGGGGCAGAUGGGGGAAUCGGCCCGAGAGGGCUCCCAGACUCUUCACCGGACACCAGCGGGGAGAGCACUGGUCCUCCGCUACCCACGCCCUCCCUGCGCAGAAGACUUCCGCGCAGAGAAAGUAGGAGGAGACUGGGUGUCAAACAACUUUUAUGUUGGAAAAGGUUUAAGAAACGCCCACUGACGGAUUCUGCUAGUGACUGAGGCAGCCACGAAUUGAAGGGCUGUCCAGACAGAAAGGUUUAACAAGGCAACAUAGCCAGGAGAGGCGGCAACUUACGCAUGAGCAACCCCUUACCAUUACAGCAUGAUUGCAUUAUUUUUAGUGUAGAUGCUUUGGGCAGGAUCAAAAUCUAGAAUAAUUGGCAAGGAGUGUGUUCAGGUUGACAGCAACAGAAAUAAAACAUUUUCAAAUUGAGUAGCUUUUCUUAUAAGAGAGAAUGAUAUAAAAAUUACAGCAGCUCAUUCAUAGCAUAAUUCUAAGAAAGAAGUACUGAGUUGAAUGGGACUUUAUAUCUAUUUAGGUUGCAGCCUUAGUUACACUUUCAGUCAGCACUUGGUUAAGGUAAAGUAAUUGAUGGAGGAGUGGAAGCCCAUAAAAGAUGUUUUGGUUGCUUUUUAAAAAAUGCAGUGAGUUUUCUUAAAUGCAAAGUUAACACCACCAGUUUUUCAAAUAAGUUAUAAAAGGCCCUCAUUAUCUUACUGCGCAUCUUUUCAGAGGCACAACACAUGCUAAAUUUUGUAGUGUAUGUGGCUAGAAACUUGUAACUGAAAUGCUGUGUAAGUGAUAAUUCUGAACUCUGUUGAGGUCUGUCAUUUAAAUUAGAUCUGAACACUGAAAGUUCAGCUGCAAAUGUGUGUUUGAGAGUAGUGUAAAGUUGGCUUGUUCAUGUAAGCAAACAAUUUUUGAUGCUGGAAAUUUCUGAUCCAGUGUAGCCCACCCAUGAAGAACGAUGUUUAAAAGGAUAUAACUGGUGAAUCUGUCUGUUGCAGAAUGUUAUUUUUUAGCUUAGAAUUGUGGUAAUUCUAAGCCAAAUGAAGGGGUGCCAAUUUAUGCAGAUACUUGGUCCAUGCUGAAUGCUUACUGUCUUAUUAAGGAGUUUUGGAAUGCACAAUAUGACGCAAUUUUUUUUUUCUCUGCUUCUUCCAUUUUGCUACCAGUUGGGGGAAGUGGGAAUAUGGAAAAUUAAAUGAGAGGCUUGAGGGAAUGUUCUUCCCCAUUGAGCGAUUUUAGGAUAAUGUUGAACCCAAUUAUUUAGAAUGUGGUCUGAGUUCUAGUAUCCCCAUGGUAGCCUUUUAGGUUGUAGUUGAAAUGGCUGGUGUUCAUAGCCUCUUUGAUGCAGGCUGACUUCUGUUUUUCCAGUUCACUGAUAUAGUUCAUCAGCCAUAAGCUGUUAAAGCAUGAUGUCUUGGCAGACUUUCAUACAUAGUCUGCUGUUACUCUUGAUUGUUCAUGUGCCCCAUUGUGUUCUCUUGCUCUUUUUGCUUGGCUUUGCAGGAUAAGUUGGCUAUCAUUGACAGAUAUCACCUCCCUUUUGGCUACAUGUGGAUUUUGAGGCAAUGGUAAUUCAGUUGCUUAGGCAGUAAGAGAAUCCCAGUGGAUUUAACAGCAUUAUAAACUAGUCUCUUACAUUUUGUGUGGUUCAGAAUAAACUGACAACAAGUAAGCAUGUGUUGGGUUCAUUUACUAGCCACUGAAUUUAUAAAAGCUUGGUGAAAAGUGGGAACUUUAAUAAUGUAACAGCAAGAAUUUAACAGUGCUGUAACUAAGGUCUCCACUGAAUUGACAGACUUGAGUCCAUUGUUUAAUUGGCUCAGAAUCCUCAAUCUCAGUUGCUUGCUGAAAGUGAGGCAGAGAGUUCAUGUUUGUGUCUUUUAAAAGUGUUAUUGGUAGCUUUCCCUGAAUGCCAUAUUACUGUAAAUCCUGACUCUUAACCAAAGCAGUCUAGGGUUGAUAGCUAGACUGUGGAGAGCUUUUGAAAAACAUAUUCUCCAAAGUAUUCCCAUUUAAAAGAGGAGUCCUCCAGAGAUUGGUAGGGGGGAAAUGCUAAUGGCUCUUGUGAAACUCUCCCACAGACCUGCUUUAGUUAUGUCACUGGUGGGCUGAUGAAGAACCAGUGUUUGUUUUAGAGAGUCUUGUUGUUUCAGAAUGUGAGUUGUUCUCUGUUGGGAACAGAAAACAGGUUUUAAGCAUUGUGCAUGACACAAUGGGAUGUACUCAAAGUUAGUCCUACUCUGUGUGGACCCACUGAAAUUAUUGGACACGCCUAAUUUAUACUUAUUAGUUUCAAUGCUUUUCUCCAAGUACAAGUUAGUUGGAUACAGCCCAGUAUUCUGGGAGAGUAAUAGUAACAUAUCCUUAGUCAAACCAUAUAGUAGAAGCUAUAUAGCACAUAAAGUUCGUUUCAGUACAGAGCUCCCUGUAGAGAAUUGCCCUCUGAUUUGGCACUUUAAAAGUCAGUAUGGUUUAAAAAUGCUGAAUAAUGACAUUUCUAGCCAAGACACGUCAGUUCAGGAUUCUGGGUAAACUUCUAAUUGAUUAAGUUGCAAAAUGAAAGCAUGGUGGUCAUAUUUCAGUAUGGGAAGAUUCCACGGUAGAUCAGGAAUUUAAAAACUAGCUGAAGUUUGAUUUAAUUUAAGGACCUAGCAAACUGCCUUAUAUUAGGCCAGGCUAUGUCCAUCUAGCUGAAUUUUGUCUUCUCUGACCAGUAGUGACUUUCCAGGAUCGCGGGCAGGUCUUUUCUGUUACUUGCUAUCUGAUCCUUUUAACUUGACAUGCUGAGUAUCGAAUUUGAGAUCUUUCGCACGCAAAGUGUGUGUGCUCUACUACUCAGCUAUGGUCUCCUCCCUAAUAUUGUUUGCAAAAAUAUGCUUGAGUAAGGGCCGAUCAUCAGAUUUCAUGGGUGUUAGUCAAUAUGUAAAUAGUCUUUGAGAGGUAGAUUGGUGAAGAGUAGCUCCCCUUGCCUUGCAAGCAUCUGCUAAACAUAUUUUUUGAAUUAAUUUAAGCAGCUUUGGGUGCUUGCAGAAAAGUUGCUCAGCAUUACACACCUUUUAAAAUAUUAUUAUUACAUGGACUUGGAUUACAAAUAAUAAUAAUAUCCUAGCUUGAUUUAGGUUUUUUUUAAUUGUUUUUAUUCAAGGUUUUCUUGGUUUACAGAAAUACAUACAUUGCCUCCACUUUCAGAUUAUAAUUGCUUUAGUUUUACAGAAGAGCCAGUUGCAGCAAAGGAAAAUGUAGCUAUCCCAGAGUUCUUUUUCUUUUCUCAGCAUAUCUUUUUUCUACCUUUACUGGAACCAAAUACCUCCUAUGGAACUUUUGAGAACUCAUCCUUUCUAUGGGUAGAAGACCCCUCAGGAUGAUGGGGAAAGGCAACUGAACAGUGGGUGAGAACAUUCCCAGCGUGGUAUUCCUUCUAAGUGUCAUCAAGUCAGCUAGCUGUCUGUGGGAAGAACUGUGCCAGAAGCAACAUUGAUUCUCAGACCUGAACAUUCUCUGCCCUCAGUUUAGUCCAGGGGAGUCUUUCCUGGGAGGGCUUGGUCUUUCUUUUGCUACUACUGUUGAAGCAGUGCUUCCUAAUGGACAGCAUGCACAUGUUGAGAGAAUAUGCUGGUUCCUUCAAGGGUGCAAAAUCUACCUGUGGAGUGAAAAUGAGAGUAAAAAUGGCCAUUGUUCUUUGUGGGUGCACAGAGAGCUGUAUCAAGUAUUAAUCAUGGCAGUGACUAAUUUGGGUCCAUUUGUUCUACUCUGAGUAAAACUUAGUUGGUCACAACUCAUUUAUGUGGUCCAGAGCAAGGUUGUUGAACAGCUAAGAUUAGCUACACUUGACCCUGCUCUUGAUUUUGACCACAGCCAGAUUAUUUAACAGCAUAAAAAGCCUCUGGCCUAGAGCCUUUGAUUUUCAUAAUGUGGUGGUGGCUUUGAUGACAGUGCCUACACUGCAGGGAAGAAAGUUGAUAACGUGAGUUAUGUACGUGUUUUUAUUUGUAGAAUGUAAAAAAAACAAACAAAAAGGACAUCCAUAUUAAGGGGGUCUCCGAGGCUCCUAGAAACAUUCAGGUCUGGGUUAUGUAGGGUGGGAGUUUGGGAACUGCUGUCCAUAGCUUAAGCUGUGGUUUUCUGUCUCUUGAACCCAGUAAGCUUUGAGUGAAGCGGCAGCUUGUUGAUCUUGCCUUCUUUUCUCUCAGCUGUCAGAGGCCUUGCAGAAAGAUACAGAAAAUCUCAUUGAACUGGAAUGUCUGAGAGUUACAAAGUUUGCCCCACUUGCUGGGAACUAGAAUUAUGCAGUUUGUUCCAUUGUAGUAAUAUUAAUUCUAGCUAUAAAAUCCCAGUGCUAGCUUAUUAAAGUACAGAAGCUCUAUAGUUCAAUGAUUAGAGGGCUGCCUUGUUUAAAGCUUUAACAGUAGGUUUGCCACGCAUGCAAUUCCCAAUCACCCCCAUAAAAUUGAUCUAUUUUAUACAAAGUAGUUUUACACUUAGCAUGCGGUACUAGGAAGAAAUAGACUUGGGGAAGAUAGGGUGUUUGUGGCAGCAAGAGUGUAGGCAGCAAGGAGGUGCCGUGUUGGGGAAGAACUUAACUAUAAACAUGUCCCUUUGAUUUCUUAGUGAGGAUAAGGCUGGCUACUACAACUGGGAACUGAACAACAAAAUGAUCAGUUUCAAAGCUUCUGAUGAAGCCUACAGUAACUAUUUAAAAAGCAAAGAAGUCAAAUCCAAAAAGGCUACAUUAAUAAUUCUUGAUUUGCAAGCAGGCUCCCAGACUGGUUUUUGUUCAGGUUCAGCUUGUGUUGCUAUUUUGUUUGAGAUGACCAAAUUGGUUAUUUCUCCUUGGUGCAUUUCUUGAAGUUGUAACAUGCAAUUCAUAUUGGAUGUUUGGAAAAUGUUCUCCCUGUUACAGAUUACCUGAUUUUUAGAUCUAUUCUCUAACAUGGUAAGAAGGGAAUGACAAAAUUUUCACUAAAGGUAGAGCACAGUUAGUGGUUUGCUCCUUGGUGACAGUUUUAUUCAAAGCAGUUUGAAAUAGAACAGUGAACAAACUCUUAAUUUAUAGUUUCUUCUUGCUGUGGAAAACAAUGAUUUGAUAGUGUUGUGUGAAUUCUGUCUUGGGAAAAGAUCAAUUCUGUGCUAUUUGCACUGAUUUGGCAUCUGAGACGAUUUUGUAUUCUCCCCCCGCCCCCCGCACAAUUCUUUCUCCAUUCUUCCAGUUGUUAACUGUAAAUUUUAAAUAAUGGGUAGAAGCCUGGGUGUUUGUGUUCUAUACCAAUAGUUUAAGAUUUUUCUUUUUUAUCAUUACAGAUAAUAUAGGAAUGUUGUCAGAAUGAAGAAAUUUAAAAUUAGAGCAAAGCAGAAAAUUUGAAGAAGAAAAAGUUUUAUAGCACCCAAAGGAAUGAUAUAGCUAUCAGAAUGUAACGGGACUUCUAAUAAAUAAAUUAUGCUUCUGUUACAGUCUUGCGUUUCCGUGGUAUUAUGGAAAAUCCAGCCUUCUGUUUUCAGUCAGAUAAGUAGAAAGAUAACGAAUGACCUGGAAGAAGAUAAAAAGGGAAGCAAAAGUGAGCAAGGAGAAGAUAUUUGGGUGUACAUUUUUGUAAGCAAAUUGGGCAAGAAAUCAGAAUAUCAAGUCAAAUCUUGUGUUAUAAAACAGCUGCACUGGAUGCCAAUUUAUAUCUGAGCCCAGUUAAAGGUGCUUAUAUUAGUGUUUAAAGCUUUGUCUGAAAGACUGUCUGCAUCCCUAUCCACCUUCUCUGAAGUUGAGAUCUUCAGAGGGGUUUCUGCUGAUAGUUCCUCCACCCUCCAGAAGUUCUGGGGCUGGUGUCCUGGGGGAGGGCUUUCCCUGUGGCAGACUUUAUUUGUGGAAUUUCUUCCACACACAGGUGUGUCUAGCAUCCUCAUUGUACAGUACAAUUUUACUAUAUGCUGAAGAUGCACAUCUUUUUUCUGGUUUUGACAGGUAAGGUGUUUUGUUUUGUGGGGUUCAGUUAUUUGUUGAAUUUAUACUGUUCUGAUCCAUUUGGAAUGGUUUUCCUUGUUUUAUACUUGGAAUGGUUUUAUUUGUUUUUAUAGUUGUACAUUAUAUUGUUGUAACCUGCCUCUGGUGAAGGGCAGGUAAGAAAACUUAUAAGAAAAAAAGCCAUAGCUAUUUGAUACAGUUUUGCAUUAAAAAGCAGUGCAGAUUUUCUGAAGCAAUAUUUCAUCUGACAGCCCUACCAAGAACUUCGAUACUUCAAAGUUGAAGACAGAUCUUGCUGUGAUGUCUUCAUGAAUUCCUGUGUUUAGUAUAGAUGCUACUAAAUUUGAGGUUAGCACAAGUAGCAACUAUUUCAAUGCCUGCAGACAAACCCAUGGAAUACUACUUUAAAACUAAAUCGCUGUGUUGAAUUUCUGUCUGUCUGUAUGAUGGCGUAGCAAGUACUUUUGUCUGGCACAUCUAGUGCAGAUGAACAGGGAUUUCCUGACUAACUGAGUCUGUCAGCUUGAUCCUCUGUUGCUUGGAGGGAAACCAUGGGAGUGCCUGAGGCAAAUGGUUCAGCGCCUCAAUGAGCACAUGAUAAAGCAGUGUAUAUAUUGAACCUAAUUCUGAUGGCUGUGCUAUUUAAGAAUUAUUCAUGCCACAUUCUUAUGAGGCUGUCCUGGUAUUCAAGGAAUGCCCUGUUUAAAUUCCUUGGGGGCUGUGACUUCCAUCAUCAUCCUACAAGGAUAGAUCAGAAUCCCAUUUAACAUAAAUGUGACCUAAUUGAAAAGCUGUGUUUGCCUGUUUGCAAGUUUUUACAUAAUGAACAUUGGAAGCCUGUUUCACGUACAGAAAUUCAGUGUCCCCCACCAGCCUUGCUGAAUAAAUCAGGUAUAUAAUGCCUUUAAGUAUACGAAUGCAAACUGGAAAGGUAUUCAUUGCAUGCCUUAAUCCUAGAAAGAAUCAUUUCUGGGUUGGGGACACUGCAGCUUCUUAGACAAUGGCAUCAGUUGUUUGAGUCACGAACCAGUUUCAAACAACAUUCAUGCAAAAGGCUGAAUAAGGAGCAGCAUGAUUUCUAGAGUCUCUCAUAGCAGAUACUUAGUUUCAUCGUACUCAGAGUAGACUUAAAGAAAUUAAUGAACUCAGCCAUACCUAUUAGUUUCAGUGGGUCUGCUCUGAGUAGGGUUUACACUGAAUACAACACACUGUACUUCUGCUGCCCUGAUUAAUAGCAAACUGGCCUAAACAUUCAGAAGACUAAUGCUGAAAUAUUUGGGUUUUUAUGAACAAAGACUAGUAUAUUAAUUUAAGUCACUUUGUGUUACAAGCCCUUGCUGCCUACUGUCAAGUCAUACAAUGAAGUGUUGAUCUGUUAAACUGCAAGCAUGUUAUUCUAGUUGCAAACUUUAAGAAUGAAGAAACGUGGAAGGCCUCAUUUGUUUCUUCAUUUCUCCCACCCCCACCCCCAAAAAUUCUUUCCAGGGGUUGUAGACCAGUCUCUUUUGAUGAGUCAGUGUUCGGAAAAAAUUGUCCAGGUCAGUCUUAUGACUAACCUGAUUGUUUUGUUCUAGUACAUCGUUUUCAGGUCUUGAUAUUGUUUGUGUCUGGGUAAUUGUAUGUUGGCAGUACACACAGAAGUGAGACAGAAUCCAAUAUUUGUUUCAGUUCUUCUGCAAAUGUUAUAGCUGAACAGCUUGUAACUAUAUUGGGAACCAAAAUUAGUUUUUCAUGAGGUAUUUAUAUUUCAAAUGUGAUUUCCCCCUCCCUUUUGAGUUCAUUCUUGUGCAUUCUGUCCCCCUACCCACAACACGUAUACUGAUUGAAGUAUUUAAAUGUGCCCCAUUCCCUCCUUGUGAAAAUGUUUGGAUAGGUAAAGUUUAUAGAGUCCCUGGUCAACAAGUGACUUUAGGUGGUUUCUUUGAGGAGGGAAAGAAGACAGUGGGCCUGCAUGCACUGCACCAUACCUCAAAGUAGCUCCUAUUGCCACUAGCACUAAAUUUGCUACACAGCUCUCUGAGUUAGCAACUAACACUUGCUGAUCCCUUUUUUCAUGACCCAGUGACUAAUAUAGUUUCAAGCAGAGUGCUGUGGGCAACAGGUGCUGCAUGACUGUGGACAACUCCCACAAUGUUGGUUUUUAUGUGUUGGGAUUGGGGUGACCCAGGGUUAGAAACAGGGGUAGAAAAGCUAGGACCCAAAUGACUUCUGGGACCUGGGUUGUGGGCACCAAAACAGAAUGUCUAGUCACCACUGGGGAGGGGGGUCGGCAACACUAUAUUCUUCAUUGUUAAACUCCUUAACGUAUUGUCUAUCCCUAACAUAUACUUUGAGGCUUCAAAUCACAUACAUUUCAGUAAUCCUUGAGUGUCAGUCAGGUGCAAAAAAUGGCACCCAGACAUUUUGAGGUGCUUGCAAAUGGAGAAACUUUAGGCGCAAAAUACGCCUGGCGCUCUGCUAAUUUUGAACCCUGGGAUGAUCUUGCUUUAUAGCUUUAUCACAAAUGCACUAAGCAGCCCAGCCAGAAUGUCUUAGCUCUCAAGUAUGGGUGUGAGGAAUACAAAAAGAAUUUAGACAGUUACAGUUUCUUUAAAUGUCCUUUCCCCUGCCCAAGGUUGAACCGUGUUCAGUUCCAGUAUCAUGGCCUGGUCCUGAAUCUAAAAAGACAACGAUAACUUGCAAAGGCUUCCAUUGAGUAUCAGCAUGGAGUCUUAUUAGAAGGUCUCUGUAUUUACUACACAUCUGUAGUAGUUACUCAGCAUCUCUUCUGUUUUCAAAUAAAAUCAGUGAUCCCCUAGCUUUACUUUGAACAGGGGCAGGGAACUUUAGGCCUGGGAACCAAAUGCGGCCCUUGGGACCCUUCCUAGGCCAUUCGCCUUCUCCAGGCCAUGCUUUUAUUCUAUGCCAUUUUUGCCUGGCUCUCUGGCUUGGAACAAGAAAGAAAGUCUGUGACAGAAACUUACCUUGCUGGGGGUGGGGGAGAUGGGGACCCAAGACAUUUGCAUUGAUUUUUUCUUAAUGUGGAUUACUCCUGUUUAAUAAUAUUAAACCCUUUCUUAAAUGUUUCAUUCUUGGUCCGGGCUACCUUAAAUGAAUGCUUUGCCAACAAUAAUUCAUAACGCAGUCCCACUCAUGUCUAUUAAGAAGUAAGUUCUGUUAAAUUCAAUGGGGCUUACUUCCAGGUAAGUGAGGUCGGGAUUGCAACCCUUAGUCACUUUAUUUUGUGGCAUUUUAUUGCACAAUGACCUUAUAAAAUGAAAUGUUCAAAUUAAACUAAUGGGCACCUUUAGAAUUAGAAAUGGUUAACUGAGCCCUCCUGUAGCAUAAUGGGUCAGUGUUUCUGACUGUUAACCAGAAGGUUGUUGGGCUUGAUGACUCUCAGGGUCCCUUCCAACUCUACAAUUCUAUGAUUCUGACAGUGAAGGUUGUGUGUUGGGGGAGGUGCAGUUUUGCAGCACCUUGGUAGAUUUUACUUUCCCCAUCUAACCUACCUGAGGCUGAAAUUGUGAGGAAGAGUUUGCUUAAAGGAUUAGUCUGGGUACACAUAAGGCAAGAAAAUCAAUUGGAAGAACUCUGGAUUCUAAUUUAAAACUCCAUAGUACAUGGAAGAACAAAUAUAGUAAAUAUCAGGCUGUGACAUGAGUAAGUCACUUUAAGCUAGUGGUGUGUGUAUGUAUCAUCUAGUUCUUGUACUCAGUAAUUCCAUUGUUAAGCUCAUUUUCCAUAAAUACACCAUUGUGUAAGCAUAAUCCACACUUGAAUAUUUAUUACUGAAGACAAUGUCUCAUCCAGAGAUAUGAAUGCCACAUUAUUUUGGAUUGUUCAAAAGUACUUAUUAGGCUACACAUUCAGUUUGCAAAUUAUGAUUAAGGCUGGCCUUAUGAUGUUAACAUUUCUUCUGAAAUUUACUGGGAAAGUGUUCAGUUGCUUGUGAGGAACAUGAUUAAAUGUAGCUCCUCACUUAUUUAGUCUGUAAGCUAUGUACUGUGACCUGGCAGGUACUUGACAAAUCCUAUUGUUUUUAUAGUCCCUGGCAGCAAAAGCUAGACUUUGACUGAGCCUCUGGUAGACCACCAUACUUGGCUCUUGUGCUGCAUUUGACUUGCUUGGUCUCAUGUUAUACGGGACUCUGAGUGCUGAAAGUGUAGGGAAAGUUAUUAGAAACCCUGUAAAUUUGUUCCUGAAGUGAUGUAGUUUUUCCAGAUUUUUUUUUAAUUAGGCUAAUUUGCAUAGGAACAGUUCACACUAGAGAGUGAUCUAAUUUGGAAUAUUUAUUUGACAUGUAUUUAGUAAACAAUGCUAAAAAUGUGGAAACUGCAAUUGUAUUUUCAGUUGACACCUGCUCGUCAUUAACUGACGGACUUAAGAAAUGGAAAAAUUUCUGUGGAAAAAUAAAAGAAUGGAUAAUUUUCCACUUUGGAAAACAUUCCUCUCCACAUUACUGAGUUGUUGACACCUCCCGUAAUAUCCAAAGUAGUAUGGAGUGGUAUUAAUUCAAGUGCCUUCUUGGAAGGACACUGAGGGGGACUGCCUUACCCAAGCUAACUUAUUGGGUCUUCAUGGCUGAACUGGGCAUUUAUCUGCUGGACUAGAGGCAAGGACAUGUUAGAGUUUACCAUAUAUAUAACAAUUUUAUCUCUUGUCAGUAAAGAAUGGUGCCUAAAAUAGCAUAUUAAUGGCUGUAGAUUUCCUUAUUCAUUGAGUAGGCCUUGCAUCGCUUAAUUUUAUCUGCUAUUGCACCCCAUCUUGUCCUUGUGUUGUGAAUGUGAAUUUACUGUUCUGAUUGUUCAGUUCUUUGAGGUCUCCUCUUGUAAAAAGGUUGUAGCUUGCUGCUUUGGACGGGUUGUUCGCCUUUCUUGUGUGCUGAAGUGGCAAUUAGAUUCAAUUUUGUGAAGUAGGUCCCCUGACCUGAGGUACUUGCACUAUAAACACAAGCUAUUUAUGUCAAGCAGGGUGAAUUCACACAAAGAGUAGAUGUCUGUGGCUAACAUUCAUAAAAAUAUAUAACAAGCUCUAGCAAGCAGCAAGAAUAAAUUACAAGGAAAAGGUUGUAAAAGCGACUGAGUAAUGGAGAUGACUACCCACUGCUUUCCAAUGUGGUAUUGGGCUUAUAAUGGCUGAAUUUUGCAAACUGCGCUUUUAAAAAGGAGAAUGAAAUCAAAAUUUGUCAAGAGCAAGUUUAGGUGUCCCAGGAGAAAUAUGUGUGUCUGCUAACAGCAACCACUUUGUGCUGGGUUUCCCUAAGAUGAAAACCCUCACAGAGGACUGGGAAGAAGUUCCAGGAGAUCAGAAAGCUGGACAGGAUAGAGGUAAGUGGGCUAAGUACAUAGUAGGAAAUGAAGGGAGGGAAAUGUGGGAGAAAGUUCAGUAAAGAAUAUAAUUUGGUGGGAGGAAGGGGCCUGAGGGAACAGAGAACUGAGUCAAAUGGAGAGGUUUGCAGCAGGGCAACAUUUUAAAAAUCUGGAGGAGGGUGUGCUAAGUAGGCUGAUCAAGAGACAAGGAGUUAAACAAAGUGAGACCAAGUAGACCUUUGCUUUUAGCAACCAAAAACUGAGAAAAUAAUGGGUAGAGGAGGCAUGAAGUUGAAAGAAGUUGGAGACCAAAGAGGCUAUAUGCAGAAAGAAAGCAGAUGGGCACCAAGGGGGCAUAGGGUUUCUAGAAUUUAGAUCCCCUGGGCCUGGUGUAUUCUGCCAGAAGUGACUUCUGUUGAUACUGCAGCAUUGUGACCCUGGCAACCCUAGGGGAACAGCAAGGACCAAAAGACCCUCACAAAACUGUGGAUGAUGCUGAAUUUCCUAUAUUGAUUUGAACUAAUAAGCCAGUACUUUGGCUGAAGGCUUCUAGUUGUUUGGAAUUCUUCCCCUUGGGCUUGUUGUACUGAUGCCCCUUAAUUAAUCACUAGCAAAUGAAUAUCUUGCUUAGUUUUUUUGCUACUGUUCUCUGGGAAUCUUAUUUGUAAAUGCAGCAGUCUUUAAGGUACCAUGAAACUGAAAGAUUUAUUGUGGUAUAAAAGUCCAUGGCGCAAAACCAUCUAUUGAGAUGACAGAGCAAUUGCACUUUUGUACUUUAAGAAUCUGGAUACUAAUCGCUAUAAAAGUAACAUCGCUUUGCCAUCUCAUCCUUGGAAGAAAGGUUCAUGUUUUAUUUUACUUUAGAGGUCUAAAAAACAGCGAACUGGUUUAAGUCCCUUAUCUAAUCAUUACAAUGGCUAAACUAUGUCUGUGGUGAAAUUUUUAUGAUUGGUGUGCCCCUGAGUCUACCUACAGCUCAUUUUGCCCCCUUUUUGGGGAAGGACAAGCUAAGCACCAGAGUCCAUGCCAUACACGCACACAUGAAUUGCUAACAUCUUAUGUUUGAGGCCCACAGAAUGGCAUCUAUAGACACCUCAGGGACCUUAGACACCUUCCUUGCUGCUUGCCAAAGCCCCUUGUCCCUUCUGAAUUUUAUUUCCCCCCUAAAGGACAUCUGUCUAUCUUGUGAUGCAUUAUAAUCAUUGUAUAACAUGCUCUGGGAAUCUGUCUUGACUGACAAAAGGGGGGGGGAGGUUUGUACGUGGAACUUGUCUGAACUUGGUCUCCAUGGUUACUGAUUUUAGAGGAUCUUCAAAUGAAAUGCAGCCACUGUGCAACUAAGGUCACAUAUCUAAACAGCCAAAUAUUGUCACUGCUCAGGGAAUAAGGUGUAAGUCAUAUAUAUAUUUCAGAAGAAUGGAGGCAGGAACUCCCCAAAUGUGCAGUGAUAAUGCUGAAAUGUAUGUUAUACCGAUGGUGAUAACUUGGAAAACUGGCUACAGACAUAUCUUGUUAAGGAGUGAAAACCAAGGUGCUGAUGGUGAAUGGCUGUACAUAUGGUGCUAUUGUUCUUUAAGUUUUUUAUCCAUAGCUGUCAACUUUUCCCUUUUCUUGUGAGGAAUCCUAUUCGGAAUAAGAGAAUUUCCCUUAAAAAAAGGGAAACGUUGACAGCUAUGUUAUUAUCACGAGUGGUAGUAUUAAAUACCUUUGGAUCAUGGGAAUGUUGUUCCAUGUGCAACAGGAGUUAAAACUACUACUGACUGCUCGUCUGUGUAUAACCUUUGAUAGGACUAAAAGGGUGUGUGAAAGAGAUAUACCACAUGUAUUUAAAUCCAGUUUAAAUACUAUUGCACAAAUGUAAACAUAGGUGCUGGAGAUGGCAUGAAUCUCCUGCUUGGGGUUUAUAUGUCCCUCUCCUUAGUUGUUUUUUGAGCUGUUGCCCAAUACUGUGUAAAAAAUAAAUUGUAAUUGGUACUCUCAGUGGUGAAGCAACUAAACACAAUUCUUAAGUCAGUAACUUGUGCUUUACCAUCUCUGAUAGCUUAAUAGUGAAAACAUAGUCAAUUCUUAGCCCAGUGGUAUGUGUUACCUCACAUUGCCAAAUUUGGCAGGUUAACACUUUAUGCUUUUUGAAGUACAGUACCAUCAUCCCCCCCCCCCCAGUAUAGAGAGAGGUAGUGGCCCCAUGAGGAUAGCCUAGAUGCUACAUUUCUUUCUGACAGAAACGACUCUUGGAAACAGAUGUUCCAGUUUAAGAACUUGAAAAUUGCCUGCUUUCCAAAUUGCGUGUAUGAAAGACACUUCGAAGGACUACCAUUUAAAUUACAAAUGGCUCCAGAAAUUCAUAGUGCGUGACUUGUAGAGAAAGCAGAUCAUGUUAAUGUGUUACAUUUUAAUAUGGGAAUCACUUACAAGUGUGUACCAGUGAGUGGAAAACUUUAAUUAGGUGAAUUGGCUGUUGGGAUUGCCCUUCCAAACAUGGUGAUGUUUACUCUCUGCUAGGAGAAGAUCAAUUCUUCAAAAAUUUCUCAGGAGUGGAGCUCCCUAUUAGCAGUGGCAAGAACACAGCUUCUUCUCCGUCCCCCACCCCAAGUGGCAGAAGCUGUGUUGGCAAUUCUGCUGGCCACCAUUCUGCAAUCUCAACAGCGUCCUGGGCAUUCUGGGCAUUUUUGGGUGGUGAAUGGUAACCUCCACACUUUAUAAAUAAUGUAGCAUAUUUGCAGAAAUUCUGCAGUGUCCUUAUUUUUGUAGGGUAAUGAAAGAGAGCUCAAAUUUUCUCAUGUCUCAGCUCUAGUUUUUUUUUAUCUGGCAUUGGCCAUACUUCCAAGUUGAUCUGUCCAGCCAUAAGACCUAGAAACUUGCUCUUUUAUUUAUUUAUAUGAAAGCUGAUGUUCUUCCAAACUUCCUCCAUGUGUAUGGCAAAUACACAGCCCUGACAUAUGAUGAAAAACCAGAAAGUCUUAUUUGUAUAAUCAACUGUCCUCAUUAUUUCAACUAUUCAAAUCAACUGCUGGAAUCUGUCAUUAUAUUUAAGGCAUAAAUGCUCAUAUAUCCUUUAUUUUAGCAUUGCAGCUAAAAGGGCUCUCACUUGUUAAAAGUACUACGACAUACACUUGAAAUGUCAAGCAGUAGGUCAUGGCAUCUCUCAAAUCCAUUCUGGAGACUUGGUAUCUCUGAAGGAUUUGAACAGCGAGUUGCUUGGAGUUCUAAUACAAAUUGUAACUCUUCCACUGCUUCCAGGAAAGCAGUAGGGUCUGAACUUCAGGUUUGGGCUGCAGGUGUAAGUUUGUGAUCACAUAUCCUGAUCCUCAUCUCUCAACUGUGGUCUACUUAAUUUAUUGGCCACUCUUCAGCCAAAUGCACCUUUUGAAGACCUUGAAGACUUUCAAAAAUUGGACGUACUGCAGCUCCUUACCUUGGAAUUGGUUUAUCUGUGAUGCACAGUGAGAAAUUGUGUGGUCUCCUUUCCAGACUAUUCUUUUAUGAUUAUGGAAAAUGAUAGCAUCACGUUCCAAACAUUGUCUUUGCAUUUCAUUUUUUGCAAGUAAUUCAUUGGCUGUAUUGUACCUUAGCUAUCAGUACCUAUUAGUACUGUGCAGUGUUUAGAAGCCUCAUCCUAAACACAGUAUGCUUCCUUGGAAAUAUUCUUUGAGGCCUCUAAUAAAGAGAUGAAUAAGGAAUGAAAUCUGUUUGCUGAAGAUUAAUGCAUCUGCUGAACAGCUGGCUCCUAGCUACUAUAUGCUUGUCUAGAGCUCAUGUUUCUUUAUCCUAGCAACCACACCAGGUAACUGCUGACUCUGGUCACCCAGAUAGCUCCAAUUUGUACAAGUACAAAUCAUGUGGUAUCUCAGAUAACUUCAAUAUCUCAUGCUCUCAUGCCAGAGCAUCCUUUGACUGAAGCUGCCAGAUCCAGGUAGCAUUAGGAAAACUUCUGCUAGGUUUCUGGUUUUUGCAGGGGAGUGGGGUUAGAAUGGCAGAGGAAAUAGCUGACAGUGUAUGCAGUUUUUUGUUUUGUUUUUAAAUCAAAUUGCCUUGGUGUCUCAAACAAAGAUAAAUAUGGGUUAGAAUUAGAGUUUUCAACUGUGGAGGGGAAGAAGAUGGUUGGGGAGUGUUCAUUUAAGCUACUGUAUUAAUUAAAUAAGUCAGUUGUCUUGAAUUUGCAGCUGGCAUAAAAAAAUUGCCAAUCUGCAAAUUAUUGGUUGGAGGGAAUGGUAAAGGUAUUGAGGUCUGCAAAUAAGGAUUAUUGGAUUUUAAAAACUUCUCUGUUAAUGCAUACAUUUCAACAGGACUUCAAACAAUUAAAUAGCAUGAGGAUGGCAGCCUAUGUUUGGAACAAGAUUAAUGUCAUAGUUUCACCUCCAAACUACUUAUCGUUUAGGGAUUCAAGUAAACAAAUGCUUUGGUCAGAACAUAUUGUGCAGAUGAAGCAUAGUCUAAAGCAAGUGACAUCAUGUUGUAACUGUACUGUAUUGUGGGGUGUCUCAUAUCCAUUUUGAAGUUGCUUUAACCUGUGAUGCUACUUUCCAAACCACUUUGCUUACAUGUUUCAACCUAUACUCUGCCCUGCCUAGAAAUGAGAUCCAGAAGCAUCCAACCAUACUGUGUUUGGUAACCUGGAAAGAGCUUCUGUUUCCCUUCUGCCAUCAGAUACACUACGCUUUUUUUCUCUUUUUUAUGUCACUUCUUCCCUAUGAGGGUCCCCUGAGGCAUACGGUUCUAGGUUCAAUCCCUGGCAUAAUGAUGUAAAUAGAAUAUGGAGCAGCCUCUGUCAAUGAGAAUGAAUUAUACUGGCCUAAAUAGACCAACAGUCUGACUUGGAAUAAGGUACCUUCAUUUUGGAUGAAGUCUCCCACUAUCAUCUACUUGCUAGAGUCUUCCUUAUACUCUUUUUAUGCAAACCUCAGCUCUUCUGCAUGGAGGGCCAAUGCCCAAAAUAAGCAAAAAGCUGCUUUUAGUGGAGAUAUGGCUGGAAAUAGGCAUUUGAACAUCCUGAGACUAGGCUUUGCCCUUCAGCUGGGUUGUGACAUAAUCAAUGGGCAGGAGCCUUUGACUAAUCUCUGAGAUACUGCAUUGCCCAACACUUAUUCUUUUGUACAUGGGAUGAAUUGGAAACAAAAAUCUUAGGUUUGUGGUCUCCUGGCUCUCUAAAGUUUUGUUAAAAUAUGAAGUUAGCAAACUUUCUGGAAAGUUCUUCUUUCCCCUGCUCCCCCAAAGUUUGGUGGGGGAUGCCACCCUAAAGGUCAGGUGUUGGACCGUAGGAAUUUGAAAUAUAGUUUCAAAUCUGUGGGUUGUGGAUAGCACUAAUUCAAACAGCCAUCAUGCAGCACUCUUAAAAGUUUGAGUGGCUGCUUCUCCAUUUACUGCUUUAAUUUACAUUGGAGGACCUGCACACUGCUUGUAUAUCAGAUUGCAAAUCUUGAAAGUGUGCCCAUAUCCAAAUUGUGUAGUAUGUUUUGAUGUGCUGCUGCAGGAGCUGGUACACCCAUUCUGAACAAUUCCUUAUUUACCUACUGAGUCUCUCUAGGUGUGUGCCAUUAAUGAUUGGUAAGUCCAUUAUUUGACUUUCAGAGCAAAAAAAUAUAUUCAAGGAAAAAAGUAAAAGUCCAGUGAAAUAACAAAUAACAUACAUAAAAAUUGUAUCUGUAUCUAUUCACAGUAACUUGCUCUCUUAAGAGUUUCUGCUUUUAAAAAGAUACAGUACUCAGUGUGUUGUGAUUCAUAAAGCGAAUUAGAAAGCUUAGAACGAAAAGAGCUUUUGAAAGAAUAAAUAAAAUCUUGAUUUAGAAAAGUCUUUCUGCUUUGAAGCUUCCUAGAACAAGAGCAAAUGAAACAUUUUUAGAAGAUGUUGGCAGUGAGAAUAUCACUUUAAUUUCCUUUCCUUCCUAGAGUUAAUAAUCAUUUUUGCUUUUAGCGCUGGUUUUUUCUUUAUUAAAAAAAGAAUAACUGGUAAUGGUGCAUAAGCUUGCAAAGUUGAUUAGAAUGCAUUCUAAAGGGCCUUUUAAUGCUAUCUUCAGUUGAAAAGAAGCUCUGGAGAUGGCUGCAGUUGGCAGCUGAGUGAGAUGUGAAUGAAGGUUACCUUUGAAGUAUAGUGUGCAGUGCAAGAUGCAUAACCCAUUUAUUUUGUGUUUCCUGUUAACACAGACUCAUGGCAGGGGAUUUUUUCAAUGGUGUUAUAGAUUGGGGGAGGGAUCCCCCUACACCCUAGAAAUUAAUAAAUGCUAGGAUUUCUGUUACUUGUGAUAGGAAGGGAUAAUGAAAGCUGCAAAGGAAUUCCUAGGCUAAGCUAAUGCAAAACAACCUGGCUGUGCUGCAACUAUCAAAAGAGCAAUUGUGGGACAUUAACAAUACAAGAGACCAGAUCCAGGAGGUUUGGAAGAAACUGAUUUUCUGGAUCCAUUUCAAUGGGGGGGGGGGAGGGGGUAGGCCCGGUUUUGGCACAGAAACUGCUUUGGUUGCCCUGUAUGAUGACCUCUGUCUAGAGAGAGACAAGGGAAACAUGACCCUGUUAAUUCUUCUUGACCUCUCAGUGGCUUUCGGUACCAUUGAACAUGGUAUCCUCUGAAGUCUCUCAGCCUCACUCACCUCGCAGAGUGUUUGUUGUGGGGGAGGAAGGGAAAGGAGAUUGUUAGCCGCUUUGAGAUUCCUUAGGGUAGCGAUGAAGCGGGAUAUCAAAUCCAAACUCCUCCUCCUCUUCUUCUUCUUCUUCUUCCUUCUGGAGCAACUGUCUGAACUAGGGGUUGGUGGCACCACUUUGUGGUGGUUCCAGUCUUACUUGGAUGGUCGUUCCCAGAGGGUGUUGCUUGGGGAAUGCUUUUCAGCCCUGUGGAACCUUCAAUGUUGGGUUCCGUAGGGCUCAAUCCUAUCCCCUAUGUUGUUUAACAUCUACAUGAUGUUAAUUGUGUAUUUUGUGGUUUUAUAUUUUGAUUUUAUUCUUUGAACUGCCCUGAGACCUGUGGGUAUAGGGUGGUGUAUAAAGUCAGUCAGUCAAUAAACAAACAAACUCACUCCUUCCCCCUUGUCCCAGGUGUGAACAGAGACUGGGGAUUUGGACGGUUGCCAGGGUAACUGCUGGGGUGGGGCAAGGGUUGCUGGAAGGAAAGAGGAGGAAGAAAGGCUGAGAUUCAUCUUGGACAGACAGGCUGAAGGCUGCCUGCGCUGCUGGCUCUUGAAAUGACUAUGCCAUAAGAUCUGGACUCCCUCCAUGCAGACUGAAAGUAAAUAGGUGAAUAAACCAUAUUUCUUAAAGUCCCAACAGUCUACUCCAGGUCUUCCAUUCUUCAAAGGAACACAGACCUUGUAUGGGUGCCUGGGACCCCAUGGGCUCCUUCCACUGCUCGGCAGAAAGAGGGGCAGGCACCCAACUUUUGUAACAAUACAUUCACAUGCAUUAGACAUCUUUCAGCUCUGUCAGUCCCAGCAGAUCCUAAGUCCGUGAAUCAAAUGGUGUGAACAGGUUGUAUUAAAACUAAUUCCAAGUUUUGAAGGUGUGAGCGCUUGUCAAAUGUGUGCAUGUUGUUGAAGAUGAUUUUUUUUACUAAACAGACUAAAAUCCUACUUUAGUAUUGACUAUUUUAAACUGUAAUGCAAUGUGUUAACUAGGUCUGCUUCCUUUUGGUAGCCAGCUUUUCUUUUAAGAAAAAAAGCGGCUCUCUGUAGUUGCUUGUAUGGCCACACUGCUAGUGAUCAAUCCAAAAUCCUUGGAUUUGCCACCUCAUUGGCAAGAAAGAAAAAUAUUUAGCUGGGGAAAUUGCAGCUUACAGGUCCCAGAUGUCUAAUUAUAAUUGUAAGACAUGGGUUUUCUUUUGUUUUUGCCUUUGUUAAUAUAUUCAUCCCAUCUCUAUAGGCAGGAUAUAGAAAGAAAUGGGUAAGGACAGUUUCUUGAUGAACAACCUUCAGCUGGAGUAUGGUCUAAAGCUGCAGUGGAAAUUAAGGUUUUUUUUAAGUGACUAAGGUACUUGGAUUCCGCAUGAUACAAAAUCUGACUCCAGUCUCAUUUAAGAUCAGUAUGAAGUAAACACUUGCCUCUGUGUCUGAAUGCUUAUUUCCGUUGAUUUAAAAAUGGAAUUUAAGUAUGUUUUGGAUUGUACUCACAUUUAAAAGUGCCAAACUGUUAAACAUCUGAAAAUAUUUUUGCAAUAGCAAAAGUAGUUGAACUGAAAUACUGAUGGGGGGGGUAACAGUGGUUUGUAUUUAAUUGAUGUAAUUGGUGUAAGUGUUACGUUUUAGAGCUUUAUUUUGACCAUUUUAUUUGUUUACUUCUGUAUCGCUUAAUAUAUUAAAAAUAUCUCUAAGCAGUGUACAGAAAACUGAAGCAACAAUAGUCAACGUAAACAAAAUAUUACAAAAAUACACAGUUAAAUUAAUAGAGAGUUACUAAUAUAUAUAAAUCAAUAUCAAUUUAUUUUCCUUAUGACACAUUCUCCCUCAAAGCCUCUGGGUUCUCAUCCAGGGUCCAAACACAUGCUCAAUUCACCUAUAAAAGCCUUACAAUGAAAAGAGCUCCUUCAAACCACUGACAUCAAUAUUUGGAGGGCUUAGCCCCUUGCAAAGAAUAUUGAGGGGGCUGAUGACACCUCCAUCUACUAGAGUUGGUGCACCUGCCCCUGAGAGGGUGCGAGUGUCACCGCAGAAAAGGCCCAUUUUACCCAGACUACUUUUCAGCUCUAAAGAUCUAUACCAGUGAUGGCCAAACUUGGCCCUCCAGCUGUUUUGGCACUACAACUCCCAUCAUCCCUAGCUAGCAGGACCAGUGGUCAGGGAUGAUGGGAACUGUAGUCCCAAAACAGCUGGAGGGCCAAGUUUGGUCAUCACUGACAUAUACAGGCUACAGAUGUGUUAAUGUGCAUAUCCUUCAAAAUGUAAAAGGUAUAUUAUUCAGGAGAGGUUUUUCAAGGCAAGUUGUCUGCUAUCAUUCAACUGAGAAGCAUUUUCUGCAUGGCAUUCCUAGUAUUGUAGAAAAAAGCCUAUGCAGGAAUCAGGGAGUACAAAUUGGCUAUGACUACCUUGUGCACUGUACUUAGUCAUAGAAAAGAGCAUCUAUUUGGCAGUGACACCAGCCUAGAGUGCUUUUACGGAGCAAACAGUCAUUCCUUACUUGGAGCAAGUAAAUUCUGUCAUAAUGAAGGGGAUUGCUUCAAAUCUAUUCAGACAAAUUUAAAAUGGCUGUUCCUUGCCUUUGAGGCAACAUUUUCAACCCCUUCUGUCUACCAUAACAAGAUAGGAAUAUAAUUUCAUGAACUCAGGAGACUUGUAUCCAAAAAUCUUGAUGUGCCCCUGAUAUGUAUGGUAAGACUAGUCUAUGCCCCUCCCCCCACUGUACGUCCUACCACCUUCUGAAGUAUGGUUGGCAGGGAUAUGUAAGGCAGUGUUAGAAACUCAGAUAUAUAAGCUAGGUGCCAAAUGGCUCCUUAAACCAGGGAUGCCUAGUUGCCAUUUGGGGGCCAGACAGCUAAAAAGUCAUAUUUUUCAAUACAAUGUUUUGGUUCCUAAAAUUCAUUCUGAUCGUGCAGAUAAAAUAUAAUGGAUGUAAUUUUAUAGGAUGUGUUGCUAGUGUGUGAAAACAAUCAAGAUCCAAGGAAUCCCAGCCAUGCAGCUCCAGAUGGUGAUGUCAGAUGGCAUCCUGGCACCUGGGCAUCUUCCCUUGGUCACAAGUGUUCGAUAACCAGGUGCAAAAUGUGCCUGGCAUCUGGCGAAUUUUGAACACUGGUAUGGAGGGCUUUUCCUGUCAUAGCAACCAGAAUGUAGAACUCUUUGUCCAGGGAAGUUAAUUUGGCUUCUUUUUACCAAUAUUUCUGAUCAACUAUUGAUCCUGUUUAAUCAAGCAUUUCUUAUUUGCUUAAGGAAAAUAGUUUGAGACUAUUGUGACUCUUGAUUGAUUGAUUGAUUCUGAAAACCUGUGAUCAGAAAUUUGGACUGUUAUGGGGUAUUAGUUUGACUAGUGAGGAUGCAUGACAGUAAAGAUUUCAGGUCCUAUGUCCGGUAUUUCACCCAAUUUUAUUGUAACCCUUCUCUCUCUCCCUGUCCCACAUGCCCACAUUUGUAUAUUUGGAUAGCAUAUAGAGCUUUGGAUAGCAUAUAGAGCUUUGUGCCUUGACCAUGUGGAACAGGCUUUAGAAGCGGCAACAGCCUGGAGAAGAGGAGGUUAAGGGGUGAUAUGAUAGCCAUGUUCAAAUAUAUAAAAGGAUGUCACAUAGAGGAGGGAGAAAGGUUGUUUUCUGCUGCUCCAGAGAAGCGGACACGGAGCAAUGGAUCCAAACUACAAGAAAGAAGAUUCCACCUAAACAUUAGGAAGAACUUCCUGACAGUAAGAGCUGUUCGACAGUGGAAUUUGCUGCCAAGGAGUGUGGUGGAGUCUCCUUCUUUGGAGGUCUUUAAGCAGAGGCUUGACAACCAUAUGUCAGGAGUGCUCUGAUAGUGUUUCCUGCUUGGCAGGGGGUUGGACUCGAUGACCCUUGUGGUCUCUUCCAACUCUAUGAUUCUAUGAUUCUAUAACAGGAGCAUGAUAGUGGUAAUUACAGGUGAGGUUGAAGGAAAGAAUGAAGAAGCAGCAGGCUUUGGGAAGAAUAAAAAAAACUUUGGAUAGAAAGAUGGAAUGGAAGCAGCUUUGAAGGAAAAACACUUUGUGGUUUCCUACUCCCUCAGGAUUUGAGGGUGCAGUUUGUAGGCUGAUUCAAAACUUCUGUCCAGCUAUCUGCAUAGUCAAACCUUGUAAAUGGCCUCUGGCUGAGUACCUGUGGCAAGUAAAAUUCCAAACUCCAUCGCAGGGUGAUUCUUUUAUUGGGCCAACCAAAAUGUCACAAAAUAAGGAGCAAGCUUUCAAGUUUUCCAGAAUUCUUCAUCAGGCUAGGUGUUAACAAAAGCAGGGGGUUUGGAUGAGAAAGGGAGGGAGGGAGAGGGGAGCUGGCUUGUUGCAAAAAGCCAUAAAGUCUGCAUUAGCCUUGGUUUUAAGAUGGAUUGUGGAAAGAGAUAGCUGACUCCAUAGAUUAGGUGUUAUGCAGGUUUCAGGUUACGCCUGGGGAUGGUGGAAAGAAGAAACAUAUCAUUGCUGACUACCCAUUUUUCAAAAUAUAAAAUCCAGCAGUUCUCUGAAUCUGUCUCCGGCCUAAGGUGAAACGCACAAAAUCCUUCAGGUAGAGAACAGCAGUAAAGAAAACUAUAACAAUUGUUAGAUUAGCAAAACCAGAGAUUAAUUUUAGGUGGUGUAAUAGGUUUUAUAAAAGGGUCAGUAGCUCAAUGAGAUAGCUUUAUCUAUUGGUUUUUGUGUGGCAUGUUCUCCAGACAUAGAAGCUUCUGUAAAUGCGAAAAAUUUUAUUUCCAAAUAAAUAUCAUUACUAUCGGUAUAUGAUGUUACCCUAGUAAAAGUAUUGUGGGCUAGUAAAUGUAUUGGUUUAAAAAGGGAAAGGAGCAGGUUUAGUAUCAAGAAAAAUAAAGUCACCCGAUCUCUUUAGGUAAAGGGUUGUGGGGGAUAUCUAUGGCACAAACUUAGAUUGGUUUCAUAUUACUUCUGUUGCAACUUCUGGAUCUUGGGAAUUAAUAAUUGAAAUAAUUGUUGUUUUAAUGUGCUCAAAGUUCUCUUAACUUCUCCAACACAGAGUACAUUUUCCAGUAGUUUCUGCAAGGUUGAAGUAUUAUUUAACCUAGAAUGUAUCUAUAUGGUGACCUAAAAGUAGUGUUUUUAAUCUAAUCUAUCUAUCUUAUCUAUUAUGAUGAAAAGAGAGCAGUAGGGACUGUAGUCCGGAUUAUUGUUUUCUCUAUGCACAAGAACUCUGCUUUGAACAAUAAUUACCUUACCAUUCUGAAAAAUAUCAAAUAGAAGGUCACUUCAGACCCUGGGUUAUACUGAUUGCCUGGUUCUGAUUAAGGAUUUGCCUGGGGAACAGGCAGGUGAGAGAGAAAGUAUUUGAUAUCAAAUUAGCAUCUUAAAACAAUCUUGGCUAGGUAACUGUUUAAUUGCUUUUGUUGUUUAUCAAGUCCAAUUUGUUUGAAAAUGUUUUCUGUGUUCUGUUUCCUCAGUGUAAAUGACUAGGUGUGGCCUAUAAAAACACAAGGAGGCAGGCACUCAAUCAAGUUUCCCCUCUCUCCACUCUUUGAGAACAUUCUUUAUUUUUUGUGUUUUAUUGUUGUCAUGAGGUGGUCACAAACUUGUUUUUUUAACUAAUUGGUCAGGAAUUUAAAGUACUAAAUGAAGUGGAUUAGAAAGUGAGGAGGUGAGGGAGAACAGGAGAGACACAGCACUGCGGGGUGUAAUCACUGGCGUGACAUUUUCUCUUCAGCAUGGUAGUCACUUGAGCCUCCUGGGAGACCAGUUGUUUCUCAGUAUAAAGUUCUGAGUGUAGUAGGAGUCUGGGUUAACCCACUAACCCUGUUUUAUUCGACUCCAAUGGUCCCCCCCCCCAAUGCAGUGUUAUCUCUGAAGAGAGUAUCAAUGAAAGCUUGAAAAAGAUGUUAUAACGGACAGUCAUUGUUAACAGUCAUGUUUCCUCCCCGCUGUCAGGCACAACUAUUUUGCUUCGCUGUGGAGAAAUUGAUUAGGAUAGCAACUAAUUCCUAGCAACAUUCUGCCUCUUGGAUGAUACCAUUGUUGGGUAUAGGACGGUGUUCUUCAUGUAGUCAUUGGACCACUUUCAGUCUUAUUGGCCUCCUUGCUUGCCCACCCCACCCUCUAAUCUCCCCAUAGCUUUUUUGUUGCAGCAAUGCUGACACCAGGAACUCCUUGCAUGCUGACUAAAGGUGGCCUAGCAACAGAUAAGUUUGAGGGUGUGUUUCCAAGUUUGGGAAACACUGGGAUAAGAGAAGAAAGCUGAUACCAAAAAGAAGUGGAUGAAAAGGGACCACGGAGGAGAGAUCAAAGAAGCUGGCAGCUUGGGGUAGCUGGGAAUAUUUACAAGAUGAGUGUGAAAGAAAUGUCAGGAGACAGGUAAAAACAUUUUUUGAUGCAUGGUGCAGGGAGGGGAAAUAAUUAAAUGAAAAUAUUUCUUACCUUAGAGUCUGUGAAUCAGGAAAUUCUGCCUAAAUUGGGGAGGUGGAAUAUUUCCAGAGCCAAUGUCUAUACUUAGCUGGAAGAAAAAUGACUUACGGAACUCAUUGACACAAGGAAAUUGCUUGUGGCGAAGAACUUGGAAAUUUCCAAAAUGGUGUUGGAUGUUAGUAGAAAGUUAUGUCUAGUUGCCAGCUGAUUAGCUAAGCCUUACUGCCACCUGCCACUAUUCUGUGACUGGUCCUGCCACUGCACUACUAUUUUGUGACUGGUGGGCCUCAGUAUUUUUAGCCAUCCCAAGUGAGCCUUGGGUGUAUAAAGUUUGAGAAGCUCUGAUCUGGGAUUUGAUGAAUCUAACCCAUCCUGCAGUGAUGCAAAGUUGGUUUAGAACAAAGGUGACCCAAACUCAAAUCCCUGCUCAGCUAUGAAGUUCACUUGGCAGCCUUGGGCUAAUCAUAAUUUGUUUUACUAAAUAUUUUGAGACUUUGUACAAUAUAAACAUUUAUACAACUAUGCCAAUAAAAUAGCAGUAAAACCAGCAUCAAAACCAUCAGCAAUAAAAUAAAGCAGGAAAUCUUCUGAAGGUAGAGGCAACCAGAGUGGGACACCUGCUGGAUCAACUUAAGUCAGGGGUUGCCAACUUUUUGAGGUCCAUCCAGUUUAUCCAUCAAACUGGAUAAACUGUCAUGGGCACCAUGCUCUGCAACUUACUAUAUUGGCUAUGACAUAAUGCUGCUUUAAAGCCGAAUUUCAUUGGAGGGGAGGAGUUACCCAGAGGGCACCAGGGAGGUUUCUAUAGGCACAUGUGCACCCUUGAGCACUGUCUUGACAGUGUUUAAACAUUGCAAGUAAAAGGAUGGUGUAGUGGGAGUUGACAUCCAUCAGUGACUGGAGCAUAUGUUGAAUCAGGCUAGAUAUGUUGAAGGUCUGAUAAAAGGUGGUAGAUGGGGUAUGCUUAGCGAAGGAGCAAUGAAUGCCCGUUUCUAGGAAGGCUUGUUAAAGUAUUUCUGUGACCUAUGAUGCAGAGAGCCAGAGUGACAGCAAUCGCUGAUCUGAUAAGAAAAAAUCCUCAUCUGCCCUCCAGGUGAACAUACUUUAAAUUGGAUUGAGUAUGUGGCCAUAUGUUAACCCAACAGUCCUGGUAAAUGUAUUACAGCUUGCCAGAUACAGUGGUACCUCGCAAGACGAAUGCCUCUCAAGAUGAAAAACUCGCAAGACGAAAGAGUUUUUCGUUUUUUGAGUUGCUUCGUGAGACGAAUUUCCCUAUGUGCUUGCUUCGCAAGAUGGAAACAUCUUGCAAGUUUGUUUCCUUUUUCUUAAAACCGUUACAGUAAUACAGGGUGCAUUGCUUGAAGAGGUGCAGUUGCGACUUGACUUUGGGGAGCAACUCAUAGCACGCGGUGUGGUAGCCUUUUUUGAGGUUUUUGAAGAUUUUUUUGAAAAAAUUGAAACCGUGCUUCGCAAGACGAAAAAACUCGCAAGACGAAAAAACUCGCAGAAUGAAUAAAUUUCGUCUUGCGAGGCACCACUGUAUGCCCUUCUAGAAUAAUCAUUUGUCUUUUAGUAAAGAUGGAAAAAGAGUGCCUAUGUUUUGGAAAGUGAACUUUAAGUAUAAGUUAGGGAAGGUUUACUAAGUAGCAUAUACUACUAAGAAUUUGUACUUCCUUUUUAGUACAACAUAAUAUUCAGUAAGCAUCAUAUCCAGGACUGUUAUCUCUAUUGCUGAAAAUAAAUUGAUGUUCAUUAGAACUGAGAGAGAAUGCAUAAACUCAACAGUUUUAUUUUUUUCAGGGCAGACCUACAUUAUACAGUUAAAGCAUAUCCAACAUGCAUUUAAUGCACAGGGCCUCAUUCCCCAAAAGAAUCCUGGGAAUAGUAGUCCCCCCCCCCCCCGCCUCACAGAGUUACAAUUCCCAGCACCCUUGACACACCACAGUUUUCAGGAUUCUUUGUGGGAAGACAUGCUUUAAAUGUGCAUUGAAUGUGCUUUAAAUAUAUAGUGUGGCUCUCUCCUCAGUGUUGUGUGUUUGAAAAGCAGGGAAUCAAUCCAAUCACUUUUCUUUUCUCAUUCUUGUUUCUCACUGAAGUCAUUCCGGAUCAGGCAAAAAAAAAAAGUUGCCAACAAUUUCAGUUGUAUCAUGGAGACAAGAAGGCAUUCAGUAUUCUUUGAGGUUAGGUUCAGUUGCCAAUUGACUCUUCCACAGGAAAACUCACCCAACUGCUCUUGACCAACCAUACUGCAGGGCUUCAGUUCUGCUGAGAACACUCCAUAUUUUCUUUUGUUCUCUUCUAUAAAAGGAUGGUCUCAAAUGGGCUCUCCUGAGUUAGAGAAGUAGUUCAACAUUGUAUAUUGAGUGGUAUUGAGGGGGCUGCACUAUAUUUUUGCCCAGCCCUCCUUUCAUUGUUCCAGCCUCCAGGACCUGAAGAAAAGAGACCCAUAGCACCAUGGGCGGCACUGAGCAACAGCCCCUCAUUGACUCCAGCUGCUAGGACAUUAGCCUGUCUCCCAGCUUUAGCUAAAUAGGGCAUGUAAAAGGAGCAGGGUGCAAAAGACUUGCAGAGCAGGGGGCUGCUCGCACUGUGAUCCUACUCCCGGCUCUUGAGGGCUGGAAUUUAUUGCAAGGGAACACAAAGGAAACAGGUAACAGGGCAACCAUAUGUUCCCCUCCAAAUGUUCCUUUUACUAGCUGGACCAGCAGCAUGUCACUGAACAUUCUCAUAGAGGGUUGUGUGUGUUUGUGUAUCUGUGUAGUUGCAAAUAUUCUCCAGUCCCUACAGAAGGACAACCUUUUUCCAAAGAUGUCCUGGAGCUGUUUACCUUUGUUUUUGGGAAUGCAGCCUUUCUAAUUUACCUGUCUGAGAACAAGCCAGGAUUUACAAUGGUGUUAUGAAACUGAAGUAACUGUUUGAACAUGACUGAAUUUCAGGGGGUAUGUACUUUUGGGCUGCCUCUUUCUCAUCCCCUCCAACUCUUGACCAAACCCAGACUCUAACUUUCAUACUUGAAUUUAGGGGGUCAUCUUUAAUCAUUGGAAACCAAUAGAUGAGGCGAGAGUUAAGUAAACCGCUAACACGAGUUUCCAUAAGCAAGCCCACCCUCCAGCAGCAGUUCGUACAUUUCAUGGCUAUAAUUUUGCUGAUUAUCAUGAAAGAGACCACUAAAUAGUCUUCAAAUAAAAUUAGAGAGUCUUUGGUGUUAUAUAUCUCUCCUGGUCGGCACUGCUGAACUGUCUAUUUUAAGCAAAAGAUCUCAUUGGUCUCUCUCUUUCUCUCUUAAUCUUUGCUUAGCAGGCACAAGGCAUGUCAGUCUGGAUGGACCCUGUCUUGCUCUUUGAUAAGCAGGUUUCUGAGGUCUCUAAAGCAGCUUUCUGUCAGCUACAUCUGCUGUGCAGCCUGUGUCCCCUCAUGAAGAGCAGGGAUUUUGCCACCCUGUUUUAACAUAUAAGCUUGAGAAUUGAAAUGUUGGGGUGCCCUUGAAGAUGACUUGACAGCUUCAGCUGUGCACAGUGCUACAGCCCAUCUCCUGACAAAUGAUUUUUGAUUUUUAUUUAUUAUCUGCCCUGCACCCUAAGGUCCUACAGCAGGUAACAACAAUUGCAGUUUUGUCAACUGCAACUGGCUACAGUGUGCUUUUGGACCCAAUUCAAAGUAUUGUUUUUAACUUAUAAAACCUUUUCACAGCCUGGGACCAACAAACUUCAGACUGAGAUUGCCUCCCUGUAUUAAUCAUCCUGCCAUCUUUGUUUACAUCCUCCAGUUCAUGUAAUCUGAACAUUUGCUAGAAACAGUGGUCCCGAGACUGUGUUGCCCUGGCUCGUGUUUCACCCUUCCAUGCUUUUCUGUAGAUGGAUUGUAAAAUAUGGCAGACUCAUAGGAUUGUUCCAUUUAAUUUGUGGUAUGUUUGGAUAGCUUUGGGAGGCCACCGUCAUUUUUUGUAUAGUUCACCCUAUCCCACAAUGGGAUGCUUUCUCUGCCUACAGAUUAUGUCAUGUUGGAUUACAUAUUCAGACAGAUACCAGCUUCGCCAGGGAUUUGCACCUGUAAUUUAAAGGUGGAGAAUGUAAUCCACUAUGUAUUGAAAUGUCCAUUAUAUGCUGGCCCAAGGGAAACAUUUCUGAGAAAUACUUUGUCUGGUGCAGGAACCUACCCUGACCAAGAAAUUACCUGUUUUCUCUUAGAAGAUGCUUACCAAUACGUAACAUACAGAACAGCACUAUGUGCUUUAGUUGCAAGGAAACUCUGAACAGAAAUGAUCAGUGUAGUGUAGCAAGUUAUGCCUAAGAGUUUUAAGAGUGUGCUCAAUUCAGUUUUAGCUUAAAUUGGGUUUAUUUUUAAUUUUUGUUUUGUUUUUAAUUUUAUUUUGUAUUGGAUUUUUUUGAGUGUAUUUUAAAGUUGUCAAGGCCAAGAGCAGAUGUAGUAAAUUUGUUCCUGCUGCUGGGAUGCUAAGCACAGGGGCAGGCUCCAUGCAAUUGAUUCCCGCAGCUGCGGGGAAACAGUGGCAGUUGUCUUGCUGCUGCUGUAUUAGACUAAGCACAUGGCUCUCGUAUUCGUUCUGUCUUAGUGUGGUAGCUACCCUUAAGAGUUGACAUGGUAAUACUUACGUUUACACUUUAGCUGUAACAGCAAAGGAGCAGGACCAGUGUCUGAUCCUUGUGUUCUUUAAGCUUGGAUGAAACAGGGAAUGGUGCUUGGGUUUUUGUUUAUUUUAUUUUAUAAAAUUUAUAUACCACUUGAUUGUAAGAAAAAAUAACUCAAAACAAUUUACAAAAAGAAUGAAACCUUUUGACUGUCUCACAUGUGCAGCAAGAUGUGUGUAUGUGAGCCUGAGGCUUUGCAGACUCGUUCCUACAAAAAAAAAGCAUAGCUUGUUGUUAAGUCUAAACUAUGUAAAUUUUGAAUGUGCCCAGGAAAGAAUAUGUGCUAUUUUCUGCAGUUGUCUUGCUUUUCUGUAUGUGAGUGUGUAUGUCAAAAGCAAAGUUGCAAUUUCAAAAGUGAAAAGGAUUCUCCCCUCUUCUGAUCAGUGUUAGAAACUGAGAUAUGAAAGCUUGGAGCUAAAUAGCACCUUAAACCUAGGUUAUGGGCGUAGCAACGGAAUGUCUAGGCACACUUCUUUAUAACAAGGAUACAAAGUUGAAAAUGAAUGAACUGCAGUUAAAAUAUUAUGUCCAUUUUCCCCUUGGUCUAGUCCUUCCCUGGACCACCUCCCUAAUAUUCUUAGGAGGGUCUCUUCUCCAGUGUUCAGAGAGUAUCUAGAAGUGGUGAAGCAGAAAAAAGGUCCUCCUUACCUUCCACUCAUCAGUUUUAAUCUGAAAUCUUAGGCGCAGUACUGCACCCAGAGCUCAGAAACUGUUCGUGCUAAUGAAAUUCCCUGUCGCAAAAUGCGCCUAGAACAAUUGGAGUUUCAAACACUGCUUCUGAUUAUUAGAUAUGAUUAUUUUACUGCGAACUAAUGCUGCUCUUGGCCAGCUUGUGAUUGACCAACUCCAUCAAACCUAUAGGUACUCAAGGAUCUGCUUUGAGGCAGUCUAUUCUCUUUUCCUAGUCUCGUCUUUAUGCUUUCCUUGAUCUUGCUCCCAUCUUUCUAGAAGGAAGGCUGCAUGGUCUGCUGGGCACAAUUUUUACUUACCAUAAGCAGCUAGGUUCAUUUGCAUUCCUAUGUAAAUAGUGUUAGCUAGAGUUUUGAAAUUUUGUCUUACAGCUGUUCUUUUCCUUCCCUAUCCUGUCUUAACCUGCAAAGGAACUCUGGAGAAAGCCUGUGAUCACUAUAUAUUGUAAUAAAUCACAUUUAAUAAUAAAUAAUAAAAAUCAAAAAGGUUUAGUCGGCUUUGUUCAAAGCAAGAGAAAGAACAAGCAAGUAGGUCCUCUGUGUGGAGAAAAAAGAGGAAUGCUGUUGGGUAACAGAGAGAACAUGAAACUGCUGAACACCUACUUUGCCUGCCAUGACCCAAAAGGAAAGGAGGGUCCAACCUGAUGACAUAAUAAUUGAUGUAAGGAGGAAGCUGUAGCCUCCCUGAUGCUUUAGUUGAGAUUUCUGCAUUGCAGGGGGGGUGGACUAGAUGACCCUUGAGUUCCUUCCAGCUCUGCAAUUAUAUGAUUCUUUAAAUAGUAGUCACUCUGACAUAUUGGAAGAAAUCUAAAGAUCAUGAAUAUCAGAAAACAUUCACAUUUCUCGAAUAAAUCCCCUGCAAAGCCUUAGGUGUUGAUCCAGAGACUCAUGUGUCACUUGUACCUAGUUUUAUACAGUAAAUGUGUUUGGUAGAAAAGCUUCUGAGAAGGACACUGAAAGUCUGAUACAUGCAUGCUGUAAUUUGUGGGUGUCCUUUUGUUGGAUUCCACACCUUCCUUGAGCUUUGUAUGUGGGGUCUUGCAUGAAUUCUUUCUGUGACUAUAGAAGCUCCUUUAAUUCUUACCUCAAAUACCUUGAUCUCGAAUAUUUUAAAAAUAUUUUAAGUUAAAUGAUUUUAGUCUUUUAUCACUCAUCUUCAGCUAUGCUUCAUAUAUGAAAACCUUUAGCAGACUUCUGUAGUUCCUUAAAAGAGCACCCUUGUUGAGUCUGAAGUAAGUGAUGGAUGGGUUCCCAGCCUGCUGCUCACUUUGUCGCUAGAGUCAUGCAACAUCCUAACAAAGCUGGGUAGGGAAUUGAAAUGUUCUCUUCUGAGAACAACAGUAAGUAAAGUUACUCUCUCUCAAUUAGCUCCUAGGAGACUUCGUGCUUUCACAGGUUUCUUUUGGGUAUUUGUGACCUGAUUUUUGAUGGUAUCCAUAUAUGUACUAUAUAAAAAGGCAAACAUUUUCCUUCAACCAGAGAACUAUUUUUUUAAAAAAACUACCCUCUUACUUAUAAGGGCACCUCUGUUUUUUGGACUUCCAAAGUUGAUUCUAACUCCACUUUGUUUCACUUACCAUGUUCGUGUGAUGACCACUUCUGUGCAUCUGUGACCACUUGCUGCCUUUUGAGAGUGCCUGACCACUAAGAUCUUUGGGGAUGGGAGGCCCUGAACUGUGUCCCACCUCUGUCUGGGGUUAAGUUGGUGAAUGUGAGCUUUUCUCUACAGCAGCAACUGGUUUCUGAAUUUUUCUUCCACAAUUGAUGCACUUAGCUUAGGGAAGCUUUUAAUGUUUGAUGCAUUACGGUCUUUUAAUAUUUUGUUGGAAGCCUCCCAGGGUGGCUGGGGAAGCCUGGACAGAAGGUCGGGGUAUAAAUAAUAAAUUAUUAUUAUUAUUAUUAUUAUUAUUAUUAUUAUCUCUUUCUGUCUUUAAGCAAAUGGCAAAGAUUCUUCUCUUCCAUUGAGCAUCUUACAGCUGUUUCAUCCCAUAUUCCCCCACAUCGCUAGUGAUAGCAUGGGUGUAGGCAAGAGGGGUGGGGGGCAGCUUUCCUUUCUAAAUCAAGUAAAUAAAUAAAAAUACUUUAAAAACUGGCAAACCGUGUCACAGAGAGCUGGGUUCUGCCUCUCCCCAGUAAUCCUGCCCCCCUAACAUAAAUCCUGGCUACACCCAUGGGUGGCUGAUAUUGUUUUAAGACCACAGGUUGAAACAUAAAAUUGUUAAGAAUUAACAGCAAUCAAAUUACAUAAAGCCCGAUGUCGGACAUCAAAUGUUUAAAGCACAACUUUAAAAUUCAAAUGACAAUGAACAGAAAUUUGUAUCACCAUGACAGUCUACUGUGUGAGCCUUAAAAAAUUAUGUGCUUACCAAUAAAACUGUCACCUUAUGACUUACUGUAUACUGUUUAACAGGAAGGCAGAUCUCUGAAAAACUGACUAAGGGACUUUCUCUCUUAAAAGGGAAGUCAAAUUAUUAUUACUAACUUCCUUUAUUAUGGAUCAUUAAAAUAUCAAGUCACCACUUGCACAGAUACAUUACUAUGGUUGUAUUGUAGUUACUGAAUCUUAUUAUUAUUAUUAGUCUGUGCUGUGAUUUAAAAAAGCUACCCAGUAUGAAAUGUAUUUUGGACAUCAAAUCUUCAAAACCUUUAUGUCACCUGGCCUUCCCUCAUAUCAGCAGAAAGUUGCUAUGAGCGUGGUUUGUUUGGGGGGUUUUUUGUCUAACCCACAAAUAUAGAAACAUUAUUGAUUUUUCCAUUGGGCUUUAGAGCAGGAAGUACAUUUUAAAGCCGCUUUUGUAUCUGUUACAACAUACGUGUUUUCACCUUAAAUUUAGUAGUAUAAAUGUACAUGUAAUUUAUUAAAUGAGAAAUAGAAUAAAUACCCUCUAACUAAGACUCACUCUUUCAAAGUUUUAAUUGGCCACUUGUCACUCUCUUCCAUGAAUACAAAUGCACUAUUAUCCACAAAAGAGGUUUCAUUCUAGUAUCUGGGCACACACAUAUCCUUGCUUACAAGUUGGCCUUCUGUCCAUCAGCUUCAUCUUACCUUUUGAACCUUCAACUUGGCUGAAGCUUCCCAUGGCUUUUGGAUAGGCUGAUAUAUCAGAGCCAUAAGGAGAUUGCAGAAGGCCAGAUGGAGGAGGUGGUGCACUGAAAUUCAAGCCUGAGAUUCCCCCUCCCUAAAUUAUUUUGUCAUUCUGGAAAGUCUUGUUAUCCUAUUGGACACAGGCUGUUAAUUCUAAUAUGACAAAGGCUGCUCACCUGUUCAUAGCACGGUUCAUUGCAUGUGAAUACUUCAGUUUUACAGAAGCACAGCACAAGUGCUACUGCUCUGCGUCAGAGUAGGGGGCUUUGUUUGGAACUGCUCUCCAUGUGUCUUUCUGCUCAUUCCUUUCUAGCUCUUGCCAUAGAGGGUGGCAUGCCUUGUCUAUGGACCAUAGGUCAGCCAAGACCAUGCAUGGCUUGGCACUACAGAGUCUGGGGGCAUGCUUGUAAAGUGUGCAGCAGGAGCACAUGUGAAGGAGGGGUAAACAGGCCUUUAUACUGUAGCUGCAUGUCGCCUUAAUGGACUCUUCUGCCUUGCAAAGCAUCCUUGGGAGGGGGACUUUUUUGCACCAGAAGAUGCAAAUGCACACAUCCACACGUUUAUACUGUGCGUGCAUACAGUCAGGCACAUGCCUGGGUCAUUUUCAGCACUGGUAGGCUUGUUGUGACUGCAUGUUACACAGACCUUUUCCAUGCAGUAAUCAUUUGUGUGUUUGUGUACAUGUUUAAGCAUACCCAUACCCAAUUUUUUAAUGUUUCAUCUUACAAAUGUUUUCCAAAGGGUGUAUUUAAAAAAAUAAAAUUAAAUGGUGCUGCUCUGCUUCUAAAUUACCAACCUUAUCCAAAAUAAUGAUACAUGAUGUUUGUAGCUAGCAAUUGCAGACCCAUCUCCCUCCCUUCAUUGUCUGUAAGGAUGCGUAGUUCUGUAGCCCAGAAUUUAUGGCCUAACAUUUGAUUGUUUCACCACAUAAAAAUGGUAUGUACUUGGCAAUGACUCUUGCCAGCUCUCUUGCCAGUGCCACAUACCCAUUCCUCUCUAUCACUCCUUUGCUGCUGGUAUGUAUCCUAGAAUGCUGUGACUUGUCAGAUGCUUCAGCUGCCCAAGGAUACUAAUGUAAUAUGUGCAUAUUUAAAUACAUCUUUCUAUUUUUGAGGGACUAUUUUUGAUCUUCCAGAUAGUUUUAGAAGGUGAUUAGACAAAGUCAUAGAACAAGAUAAGGCUUUCUUAUUCUUAUUCAGAUUCAGAUUUGUAUACUGUCCUAUACCCAUAGAUCUCAGGGCGGUUCACAGUAGCUAUUAACCAAAUUGAAACUCCAUGUCUAGAGACAGGUUACCUCUGAAUACCAGUUGGUGGGGUCAAACUGCAGAGGGUUGCUUCUCUCCUGCCCUGUUUUUGGACAUGCUGGAAGCAUCUCUCUGGCUACUGUUGAGAGCAGGAGUCUGUGGACCUUUGGUCUGAUUCUGCAGGAUGACUUCAAUGUUUUCCAUUGGCUAUGCAGGCUGGAAUUGAUGGGAUUUGGAGUCUGCAGCAUCUAGAAGGCCAAGGAUGUUCUUUAUUCCUGCUGUAGAGAAAAGCCCUCACCCCAUAUUUUUGUGUAAAAGAGGAACCUCUUCAUUCUUCUAUGGGGAGGGGCUAUAUUUUGGGGAGCUGACCUGGAGGCUGGGCAUCUUACACUCCAGUUUUGUUGUAUCUGUUUGGUCACUGUGAGAAGAGAAUGCUUGACCAGGUGAACCAUUUACCUGAUCCAGCAGGUUCUUAUGUUCUUUAUUUUUGGAGUUCUAGAAUGUAUAUGAAAGAUUCCUGUGUAACUGUGAGAAGAACUUAGUCUGGAUACAGCAGUGGAGGGAGACUAGAUCUCACUUACUUUGAGAAACCACUUCUAUUUAAUAUGAAAGAAACAUAAUACAGUAUUGGAGUUUGUGUCAACUCUGCCCAUGAUUGUUUUCUGAAACUUGAUUGACUGAUCCACUGUGGAGUGUGGAAAUUGAUGAAUAAUUCUAGGUGUACUAGAUGGUGUCAUUUUUCAAUAUAGCCAGGGUACACUUCAUUGGCUAUGUUUGCAUAUAUUUGUUUUUAUAACAGCACAAGCAUCAAGCUGGCUGAUUAUUAAAGUACCUCUUUUGUUCUAAUAAAGUUAAUGGUUUAAAAAUACUGGUCAAAGAUUCACUGUUUAGUUUGUCAGUUGACCAAGCCUUUUUAAAUGGUUCAGUAACCAACUCUGUAUGCAUUUUGUGACUUCGUUGAGGAAUGCCUUUUCUCCAUUUCUCUCUCUCACCUACGUACAAUACUUUGCUGGGUUUUUAUUUUUUUGCACUGUAUGCUGUGUUCAUGUGGCAAGCUGUCAGUUCAGGGCUCAGGAUUAGAAAUCCACAACUGAAGCUGUUAAAGUACUGUUGCAAUGCAUUAGCUAUUGAAUGUCUCAAUAGGAACUCUUUUGAACUGUCUCCCAAGUGUGGCAGCAUGGGGACAGUAUGUAAAUACUUUCCUCAAAUACAUUAAUGCUUGCAAAACUACAGAUAAAAUCUUAAUGCUUCAAGCAGAACAGAACAUACAGAAUUGUUGUUGGGAUUGGUACCGGUAGUUUUAUCAGGCUUUAUUAACAGUGUUUCUCCUAGGCCUAGUUCAUGCUUCUAGGCCUCUCUUGCAUACACACACACACACACACACACAUGCACUGUGCAUGCAGACACACUUGCGAUAAUCUGUGCUACCGCUUUUAAACCUGAUUAAGAGCAAGAUCCUAAACACACUUAGAGAAUCUGAUUGUAUUUGGGGUCUCAGUGGUACAUCUAAAUUGCACACUGGUCCUAACUUUACAUUUCCAGGAAAUAGGUUUUACAUGCACUUUUUUCUUUCUUUUAAGGACUAGGUUCUGGCUGAAAUAAUAGAAAAAUUGUUGUGACUGUUCAGUAUGCAUAUACCGUAUUUUUCGCUCUAUAGGACGCACUUUUUCCCCUUCAAAAACGAAGGGGAAAUGUGUGUGCGUCCUAUGGAGCGAAGACGCCAUAGCCCCGCGACCCUCUCCCGGCUGGAGAGGUGACGCGCGGCUAUGGCAGGAACCACGAUAGCUGCCCGUCACCUCUCCAGCCGGGAGAGCGCGCGCGGGGCUACAGAAGCCCCCUGCGGCCCUCUCCCGGCUGGAGAGGUGACGCGUGGCUAUGGCAGGAGCCUCUUUAGCCACGCGCCACCUCUCCAGCUGGGAGAGCGCGUGCGGGGCUAAAGAAGCCAUAGCCCCGCGACCCUCUCCCAGCUGGAGAGUUGACGUGUGACUAUGGCAGCAGCCUCUCCGCUGCGCCUUCCGCUGCUCCCUGACCUGCUCUUUGGGGCUGGUGGUGGGCUUCCCCGCCAGCCCCAAAGAGCAGGUCGAAGAACCUGAAGCCUGGAGAGCGAGAGGGUCGGUGUGCACCGACCCUCUCGCUCUCCAGGCUUCCAAGGUAGCCACCUGAACGCACCUUAAACGGCACCUUGUUUUAGAGCGGGAAAACAAGAGGGGGGAAAUUUUCCCCCUUUCUGCGCAGCGCCUCCUGCCGCUUCGCUGAAGGGGCGCUGGGCAGAGAGGGGGAGAUUUUUUUUUUCUUGUUCUCCCCCCUCUAAAACAAGGUGCGUCCUAUUGUCCGGUGCGUCCUAUGGUGCGAAAAAUACGGUACUGCGAAAUUUGGCACAUAGUAGUUAUUCCUGGGAGUGCACUACUUACGUUACUCACUGACUGUUAAACUACCAAGACAAAAGAGAAAUUGCUACUCCCAAAUGUGAUUGCUUAUCUGCUGAAGACAAAUUGAACUUUGUGCAGUAGUUAGACCAUGCUGAUACUCUUCAGCCUUGCAUGCCUUAGUGAAAGCUGUAGUUACAUGCAUAUUGAAAUGCAUUAAUAGUUUAUGCCUACUGCUUAUGUUGGAGGUAGUAUUUUUUUCUUGAAUGAUACUAGAUGGGCAGCCUCUCCUCAAGAUAGCUUAGCACUGAUAGAUGAUUUAACAGCUAACUAAUCACUGUUAUUAAAAGGUAAAGGUACCCCUGCCCGUACGGGCCAGUCUUGACAGACUCUAGGGUUGUGCGCUCAUCUCACUCUAGAAGCCGGGAGCCAGCGCUGUCCGCAGACACUUCCGGGUCACGUGGCAAGCGUGACGACGCUGCUCCGGCAAACCGGCACCAGAGCAGCACACGGAAACGCCGUUUACCUUCCCGCUAGAAAGCGGUACCUAUUUAUCUACUUGCACUUAAGGGUGCUUUCGAACUGCUAGGUGGGCAGGAGCUGGGACUGAACGAUGGGAGCUCACCCCGCCGCGGGGAUUCGAACCGCCGACCAUGCGAUCGGCAAGUCUUAGGCACUGAGGUUUUACCCACAGCGCCACCCGCGUCCCUCACUGUUAUUACUGUUGGUCAAAUAAGGUUGAUAUGAUAUUAGGUAAAUAUUUCUCCUCAUUCCUCCAGUCCAUGCUUACUGGUUGCAUGUGAUUCUAAAGGGAGCAAUGUAUGUAUCUAAAUGAGGAGAUGAAGCCAGAAUAAACAAGGAUAUUAUCAUGUACUGUAUGUCCUCUAGAGGAGGCAUAUUUGGUUUCCUUUCUGUGCUCUCAUUGAACUUUCAGACGAAGGAAAUGUGACAAUGAUAAUGUGAGGUUUUCUUUAUAUGUGGUGCUCUUGUACUCAGAGAUUGAUAAAUUACAGAAGUAACCUUUCAAGUAACAGUUAAAUGAACCUUGCUCUUAUAUGUCGUGGAAGAAGACUUGGGAUGUUAUGUGAAGUUACUGAAAAGUUUGUUAGCCUCAAGAAUUAUCAACACUGAACACAGGAAAGUGGCUCUGGUUCCCAACAGCUCAGAAGUGGCUGAUAAAUAGCCUGAAUACUUCAUAAAUGGGCAUACUGACUGGUCUGCAUUGGUGGAAUGGAUUAUCCACUUUGGUAGAUCUAAUUCAAGGAUGGGAAACUUCUGGCCUUCAGGACAAGCAUGGCCCACCAGACCUUUGCACUUUUGGGUGGGGGGAGCCAUGCCCAUCUGCCUUACCUAACAUCCUACAUAACACCCCAGGUGUGGGGUGGGUAAGUGGGGGGCUUCAGUGGAACAUUGGGGAGCUUAAAGUAGGUUCCCAGUUAUUCAGUUGAUGGGUGUUGGGAAUGUGGCUUGGUUAAAGGGAAGCAGUUUCUAUAGGGAGGAUUGCAGGGAGGAUUGCAAAGCCCUUUCACACGCUUCCCCUUUCAACCCCCAAUGUUGCAGGAUGAAAGAAUUGGAGGUGGGUUGCCCUGCCCGCCACCUGUCAUAGUUGGCCUGCAGGCCCCUGGAGCCAAAAACUCUCUCACUUUACUAAGUAUUGGAAUUCUUAUCAAUAUGCAAGACACUGUAGCUACCAAGUAAACUUUAAAAACAGAAAUAAAAAAACUUGUUUUCUGAAUAUGGAUUUUGGAGCUUUCCAAAUGCUUAUUAUUUUUACAGAAUUAUAAUUUUACUGUUUGGAAAAGAGUAAAACCCAGAAUACUUGAGAAACUUUGCCAAGGUGGUUUAUAAGAACUAUUUUCCAUACUUUUGCCUUAAUAUAAGGUUCUUUUUCUGACUUUAUAAAAUUUGGAGCUCCAAAAGUAUUUUUAGACUUCAUGUUUCUAAAUUAUGGGCAGAGAAAAAGGUCCCACCACUCCUUUUGUGGGGCUAUGGAAUCAAAACACUGCAUUUUUCUCUCUCAUGCUUUCUUCUCAGUUAAAUAUAGGCUCAGUAACCAGUUUGGCAUACAAUGAACAAAUAGUUAUUUAUGGCUUCCAUGUAGUCACACAUACCGUAUUUACUUGAAUGUAAUGCACACUUUUUUGGCCAAAUUACAUUACAAAAAUUAGGGUGUGCAUUAGAUUUUAUGGCGCAUUUAUAUUCGCCAGCAAAUACUUUUUCGGUUUCAACCUUUUGAAAAUCAAGGUGUGCAUUAGAUUCAAUAGCACAUUAGAUUUGCAUAAAUAUGGUAUGUGUCUGCAUCUGCGUAAAGCAAGCUUUGAAACAUCCUAGAACUCUAAAUAGGAAGCUGGUGCUCAGGCACAUUGCUUAAGUCUAAGAAUCUGCAUGCCUUAUGGUCUGUUGUGAACUCCUCCUCCUUUAGUUUUCAACUAAUGUGUUUUGCAGCAACUAGAUGAACAUUCUCCCUGUCUCUCUCACUGCUUUAGCCUUUCUUAUGUAGGUCAAUGUGAGUGUGAUCUCUUUGUGGACGCUGUUCCUUAUUCCUUUUUGUUGUAUUCCUCUUCACACCUGCAUGUUUAUGGCACAGCAGGUUUCUUUUGUAACAUUUUUAUAUUCACAUCAUGAUGAGGAGCUUAUACUAAGAAGAUUAAUCUUUUGAUACUAUGUCCUAAUUUUACUGUGUAUGGUUAAACACUGUAGUUAAAAUGUUUAAUACAUAUGGUGUUGAAAUGUAGGAGGGAGAGCAGAGGGAACUCUGAAGGGAACAAAGGGAAUGCUAUUUGCUGAAAGGUGUGAUAUGAUUGCAAAAAUUGCUCUUCAUAAUAUUUUUCAUAAAUAAAUAAACAGGUUAUUCCCAUCUCAUCAUCCCUAUUUUUCCCACAGUUUUACCCGUCUCAGAAGCCUGAAACAGGUGGGAUUGUGAUCAGGAUUUAACUUAAUGUGUUGCAGCCCUUGGCUUUCUUGCUGCUGCAGAACAUCAUGACUAGUAUUCUGAAAUGUAUAGUUAAAAACCUCAAAAUCCACCUUUCCCCAGGAAUGUUUUGGUUUGAAAUUGGCACGUAUACUUCCCCAGUGCCUUUUUCCCACUACUUCUGUUAUCUUUCCUCUUCUCUGUCGAAAUUCAUAUUAUAGAGUCUUCUGUACAGGGGCCUGAGUCUGACCUUUUGCUUAUGUUAUUCUGUAAAAGGCCAAUUGAUGAUGUUGUAUAAAUAGUCAUGUAGCCUGAGCUUCCGUAGGCUUCAGUGUGUCAUGGCAGAUAUAUGAGCAUAUGAUGAUUCAGCCUGUUGCCUACAAAAGCUCAUGCCACUGCAAACCAAUUAGCCUUUCAGGAGUCAUGUUACUUUUUUGCCCCUUGAGUGCUGCUCAAAUUAAUUUUCUGUGCUCUAAAAAGUCAGUCAUUUUCUUCUCUCUGUCCCCCCUCCCUCAUAAGACGCACAGUCUGGUAUUAUUAGCAGUCUAAUAGUCACAUUUAUGUUGUAGAACUCUUUAACUUUUAAAGAAACUGCCCUGUUUAGACUUGUUAGAAUGACCUCUUUCAAAAAUGAGGCAGUGAAAGGUGCUGUCAGAACUGGCUGUUAUCUUUACCGCCUGUAACUCAUUAGCUCAUACAGAUGGAGAUAACUGGCCGAAGAGCUCAGCACAGCAAGCCUUUUCAGCAACAAAGAAAAUAAAAGCAUUCCUGUGUAACAGGCUUCAGCACUUAUCUGUUUUCUGGUACUAUUUGUGCUGAACCAAAGCAGCUGCUACCCCGAGUUAAGAGAGAACAAGCUCAACAUGGCAUGAAAUUACUGCACUGCCAUUCACAUUCAUUAGGUUAUAUUGCUCCAGCUACAAGCAUGGUUGGGCUUAGAAUGAAUAAUUAAAAGAAAUGUUGCUUUGUGAUUUUGUGUUAACUUUACAAUAUUAACAAACUACAGCCCUAUAUUUGGGGAGCAGGUUUUGUGUCUGUUCAAAAUGUGAAAGAAGAGUGAUUUUGUGCUUGUUUGUUUUAAAGAAAUAACUUCAUUUAUGUAAGAUAACCCCAACAUUAAACCAUUUGGGGGGGGGGGGAAGUGUGUUAAGUUACUGUUUAAACAUGGAACUGCUAUUUAGAAAGUACAGGCACUAGUUCUCACAUGUUGAAAUUAUCCCAGUUUAAGUAAUCAGAUGUCUUCUUUCAUCAGUACAUAACUAUUCUUUGUAGAGCUUGGAGUUUUUCAUAACUUCGAGUAUGGCACUUGCUGCACACAAAUUGCUAAUCUACAUCUGUAUAUUGGUGGAGAAGUAUUACAAAAAACUUUUGGGGAAGCUAGCCCUCAGAUUUUUGGAGAGAAAAAUAUUUCAAAUGUGUUAAGCAUUAGCUUCUAGAUACCUGGAUGAAAAGGCAUGCUUCCGAAUCAGUUUUCAUGUGCAAAUAUAUUCACAUGCGGAUUUGGUUAUCAAGGGGGAACCUGAGUCUAAAAUGUGGCACUUGCUGACAUUUGUGCGUGUCUCAUCUUUGGUACACAUAUGAGCAAACGGCUGUUUUUCUCAAUAUUUAUAAAGCACAGGCUUUGCUGGCAGGAAAUCCCAGGUUCUAUCCUCUGCCUCUCCAGACUCUUACCCAUGGGUAGGCAAACUAAGGCACGGAGGCCGUAUCUGGUCCAAUCGCCUUCUCAAUCCAGCCCGCGGACGGUCCAGGAAUCAAGAGUGUUUUUACAUAAGUAGAAUGUGUCCUUUUAUUUAAAAUGUAUCUCUGGGUUAUUUGUGGGGCAUAGGAAUUCGUUCAUUUCCCACACACACACCCCAAAUAUAGUCCAGCCUCCCCAUAAGGUCUGAGGGACAGUGGACCGGCCUCCUGCUGAAAAAGUUUGCUGACCCCUGCUCUUACUAGAAACCCUGGAGAACUGCUGCCAAUCACUGUGGACAGUACCCAAGCUCAGGGGUGUGGGUUUUCUGGGAAAUUUUCCUGUGCAAAUUAGCGUAGUUAUUUUGGAAAAUUUUCAGCCUUCGUCAGAAAAUUUUCUGAUGCCCUAGAGCAGGUUUUCCCAAAAACUGGGGUCUCAAGCUAUAUUUGGACUACAAUUCCCACUGGUCCUCCUAGGUAGAGAUGAUGGGAGUUGUAGUCCCAAAACAGCAAACCUGCCCUAGAGAGUGGUGUAAUUUAGGAUCUUGUCUAACACUGUAUUUGAAGCUGAUGUUGUUCAUUGUUAAUAAUGAACUUACAAAAUAGAUUUUUUCCUGCAGAAAAGUAUCACACUGGAUUGAGCUAGAUGGACUUGGUGUAAAUCCAGCAUAGCUAGCCUGAAUUAGGAGUUGGGUGGCUUUCUUGUCUUGGGCCAUUUCAUAUUUUAGAGAGUAAUUGUAUUCAAAUUUUGCACAUCACUAACAGCCCGGUUGGGGACUUCAUAUGUGUUAAUUUGUACAAUCCAUCUACCUACUCCUCUUCCCAUACAAAUCGGUUUUGGGAGGAUCUAAGAUUUAUCCUUGAUAAAUCUGUGGCUGAAUUCCCAAAGUCAGAGAUCCUCAUAAUGGGGGACUUUAAUGCCAGAAUCGGAGCAGAUAUAAGCUCAUUCACCGAUAAGUCGCAACUAUUCAUACAAGAGGAGUGGUUUCCUACGUGGAAUUCACAUGACAAGACCAUUAAUAGGGCUGGCAUCAUACUGUUGGAGUUUACCAUUAACUGCGGGCUGCACAGCUUGCAUGGUACACCCAAAGACCGGUCCGGGGGAUACUAUACUUUUCUAGGAGCUAGAGGGGCAAGCGUUAUAGAUUAUAUCUGGUCCUUUUCGGCACUUAAUGAUAAGGCAUAUUGUUUCAAUGUGUUCAACAGAACCGAAAGUGACCACCUUCCCAUAUAGUUCUUGGAAGUAGCAAGCCAUAUAUUAGUGUCUAUCCUCUUCCUGAAAUAUUUUGUAAUCAUUGCAGAUAGGUAGGAUUUUACUAUGUUGUGCAUGGGGGGACAUUAGCUGCCAUGAAGUAUCAAGGAAGACAAGGGAUUCAGUGUCUUCCCCUGGCCUUCCCUCACAAUGUAGACCAGAAACUGCAUGUAGAACACCCCACCAGAAGAUAUGCACUAUGGUCUAAUUUGAUGUCAAGGGAGCAACUUUUUUCAAUAGUUUCAUACAAAAUUAAUCUUGUUAGCAGGGAAUGUUGAAAAGCAAUGUACUGUGGCAAUUUAAUAUUGAAAAGUCUUGUAAUGGGAAAGGUGUCCUAGAACUAAUAGAGUAAUUAAAGAGAAGAAAAUGUAAGUAAUCACAUACUGCCAUUUAUUGACCAGACAUUAAAUAGUAGUGUACAGUUGAGGUGAAUAGUUUUACUGAUGGAAGACGCGAGGACUUGAAUGCAUAGUAAUCUCAUUGCUGAAUAACAUGCAGAGUUGCCUGAAGCGUGGAUUGAAUUCACUUUGUAUACAGAAUAAAAUGCAGCGAGACUUGUUUAAGAAUUCUACAUGCCUCUCUUGAUUUUCUGCUUUGAGCAUCCAGAUUCAUCUUGAUUUAUUUUUUUUAGCAUAGGUAGGAAUGAAAGAACUUGUUUGUUUAAAGUCAGAUUAUAUGCUUAAUCUUCUUCUCCUCUUCUUCAGGUCAGUAACAGAUCCGCGAGAUGGAAAGAGAGUUGCACUCAAAAAGAUGCCCAACGUCUUCCAAAAUCUGGUCUCUUGCAAAAGGGUCUUCCGUGAAUUGAAGAUGUUGUGUUUUUUUAAGCAUGACAAUGUAAGUGGCCUGCAGCUUGCUUUGCAUGAACUUCAAUACAAAAUACAAAUACCAAUGGGGCACAGCGGCAGAGGAAGCUGCUCGGGUGCCUGGGUGGACUGUUUGGGCAGUGUGGAUGGCUUGGACGUGCUGCAGGCCCCACGGUGAGUGUCACCCCCCUCAGUGGUGACACCUGGGGCGACCCACACCCACCGCACCCCCCUUCCUCCGCCCCAAUGAGGCAGGUUUUUUUUAAGGACUAUGGUCACGCCUUUGCUAUCAGGCAAAAAGCAGUUGAAUUAGACUUGACUGGCUCCCUCAUUUAUGGCAAGUAGCAAAUGCCCCCAUCGAAGUGUGCAAAUGGCAUAUUACACCCAGUCUCUUCUCUCCCACCUUUAGGAGAGGAAUAAAGCCAAUAUUAGUGUCUCGGUAAUGACUCUGAAAUCAUUACUUUAAGCUUUUUCUGAGCAAGGUGCCUAAUUAUGUUACCAGUGGCGAUAUUUUUGUUGACUUUUUAACCAGUAGGGACUGUGUGUAAAACUUUUUACCUUCUUGUUUAUUUGUUAAAUGCAAAAUCGAGCAUGAACAAAGCCACUACAAAAAACAGGUUAGAUAUAUUAAAUCAAGAGACAAAAAGGGGAACCAGAGACUUCAGCAAUACAUUCUAGACUUUUGGUGUAAUAGAAAUCAUAGGAACCUAUAGAAAUAAAAACACCAUUAACAUGAAGAUGCCUUAUUUUGGGGGCGGGGGCGGGAAGGAGUGAGCUGCAUUUCCUGCAAACCUUAGCUUGUAAAGCUCUGCACGUAUUCCUAUUUUAUUGUAUCAUCAACUGCCACUUAUAGGCAGGGAUGGGAGGAGAUUGGUAUAGUGUGAUUAUUUACAUUAAUAAUGCAGAGCAUAACCAAACAGAAGUUUUCUCUCCUACAAACUUUCACAAAAUGCACUACCCAUUAGUGAAAAGCAGCCUCUUAUAUCUGUGCAAUUGCCAUAGAGAACUUGUACACUUCAUUUGUGUUGAGUGAGAUUGCCAGAUGUAAGAGCUGGUGCAGAUGCAGCUCUGGUGCUCUGUGAAUCACAGUUGACAAAUGUGGAGCCAUUCCUUGGCAACAUGCACCCUCACACACACUAGCCGAGAUCAAGAGCUUGCUGUCACCACAUUAAUCAUGACUGAGACUGACUAGGAUUACCACCUAAACGGAAAACAUUUUUUUUGUUGACAAACUGGUUAAUCAUGGUGGAGAAGAAAUAGGGAGUGAAGGUCUGGCAGGCCAUUAUUCCUUACUCCAAGGGCUUUGCAAACCUUCAGCAUUCUUCCUGAAAUCUCCUAGCUUUGUGAUAUUUUAAUCUGUGCAAAGAAUGCUUGCAUUCAGUCAUUCCCAAAAGUAGGCAUCAUCAUAUUAGUCUUUUCAAAUGGAGGGAGCAUAACUCGAAAUAAUCUGGUAACCCCAAACGGUAUUCAAAUGCCUUACUAUAAGGACGAACAAAACUCACCAGAAUACCUGCUGUAUUCAGUUCAGGUGGAAUAGCACUCUUUGGAAAGAGCAGGUUUGUAGUCCAAGCUGCCACUGGAGGCCAAGCUACCACAAUGGUGAGGAGCACCUGUGCCCAUCUACAGUUUGUUCGUCAGCUGCAGCCAUUCCCAGACCAGUAUCAGCCAUCUAUGCUCUGAUAACUUUCCAUAGAUUUCCCAUAUUACAGUGCAUUCCAUGUGGCACUUCCCACGAAAGCAGCUGCUGCAAGAUUCUGCUGCCUGCUAGUUAGUGGGUGCAGCCCGACAGGGUCAUAUCUCUGAAGGCACUGCACUGACAGCUGGUAAGCUACCAGGCCCAACACAAGGGGUUGAUGUCAGUCUGUAAAAUCCUAGAUGGCCUGGGACCUAAAUACUUGGCAGGACACCUCCUCUCGUACCUGGUUUUCCAAGCCCUAAGAUCUGUCUGAAAGUCCCUGCUUGUGUCCCUGCCAGCUAGUGUGGUGGGCAGGACAGUCAUAAAAGAUGGGGCAUUUUUGGUGGUGGCACCCAAUUUAAGGCGCUUCCUCCUGAUUGAGAGAUGACAAUCCUCCACAUUAGAGGUAUUUAGAUGACAGGUCAAAAUAUUUAUCCAAGUCUUUGAAACUUGAUGAUUCUUAUGCUGAUUGGAAUUGUAAUGGAAUUAUGGUUUUAUUAUAUAUUAUAUAUUUUUCAUUACCAUGUACAUUGCUGCUUGUUGUUGUUGUUGUUGUUGUUUAUACACUUUUUUCCUCUGAUGGGACUCAAGGCAGCUUACAGAUAAAAACAGAUAAAGCCAACAAUCACUAAAAACAUAGAAAAACCAAUCAUAAAAAAUCAAACAUUACUAGAAUUAAAACUAUAUACAUGUAUAAAAUCUGUUAAAACAUACAAAUAAUUACAAUAAAAACAGCAUGGUGUUUAUUAAAAGCAGUCAGUUCCCAAAAUCCUGUUGGGAAAAAGAUCUUCACCUGCCAGCAGAAGUACCAGGAGGGAGCCCGUCUAGCUUUUCUAGGCAGGGGGAAUUUUGGAGGAGACUCCAAGAAGGCCCUUUCCCGUGUCUCCAUGAAGCUACCUUGUUCUCAUUUGGAGGAAAGGUGGGAUAUGAAAACUCUGAAAUAAAAUGAAGUAAAUUUGUUGCAAAGAGGAGGAAGGUAAGUUGCAAAUACUUAAGUGUAAUAAAGUUGCAGACUUUGGAGAAGACCUUGCCUAAGAAGUUAUGAGCAAAGAUAUUGUGCAUAUAGAGUCUGUGGGUUGAGAAAAUCUGAAUAAAGCAGACAUAAAGGAUUAUGACAUACAUAGCAGCACAAGGACCAUCAUUUGCUGGAAACGUCAGUUCUGCAAUUUUUUUCUUUGAUCAGACAUCAGUAGUGCCCUUUUUCUUUGUGAAGACCUCUCAACUUUGCAUCUCUCCCCUCAAAUAAAGGUGGAGGUAGCGUAGUUGUGAGUUGAAAAGAAAGCCUUGUCUUUGAUUUCACAGUUGCUUCUCUAAAGUGAGGAUUUCUGGUGUAUUUCACGUAACCAAAUCAGCUUCCCCCUUGUUUUGUAGGUGCUCUCUGCUCUCGACAUACUCCAGCCACCACACAUUGACUACUUUGAAGAAAUGUAUCCUAAACACUAAAUAAACAGUCUUAAAUGAGGUAGGUGUUGAUUUGACUCCAGCCUAUAAAAAUGCCUGCUGCUUUUGAAUUUCUUAAUCUUUGAGCUUUCUGGCCUCUGGAAAGGUGGUAGGUAGGCCAGCUGUCAUAGCCCAUAUGGCAAGUGGUUGCCGAUCAGAGGGGGAGUUAGGGAGGCGGGUGUGAGUGUAAGUAUUUGUGGUCAUCUUUAGAUAACAUGAAUGAAUAAAUUCUAGUCCCAUCGGUAAGAGCUUAGCGUGCACCACUCCCCCCCCCUUAUCUACUGAAAAUGUGUAGGAGAGUUCUUCCAAAAUGGCUGCAGAUAAAUGAUUUUGUAAUGCAUUAUUGCUGACAUAAUAGUUUUGAAACAUGUGACUGUGCCUUGAAGCACAUGCAGAGUGGAGUUAGUUACAUCAUCAUUGGUUUUAAAGUGUUACGGUCAAAGUGUAGAUUUCUUUUUCUUUUAAUGCUUGCUUAUGACCAAAGAGUAUUCUGAUUUUCAAUACUGUAUGGAAUAAAGGGGUGGUAUUUAGUUCAUAGGGAUGCGGGUGGCGCUGUGGGUUAAACCACAGAGCCUAGGACUUGCCGAUCAGAAGGUUGGCAGUUCGAAUCCCCGCAAUGAGGUGAGCUCCCGUUGCUCUGUCCCUGCUCCUGCCAACCUAGCAGUUCAAAAGCACGUCAAAGUGCAAGUAAAUAAAUAGGUACUGCUCCGGCGUGAAGGUAGAUGGCAUUUCUGUGCGCUGCUCUGGUUCGCCAGAAGCGGCUUCGUCAUGCUGGCCACAUGACCCGGAAGUUUUACACCGGCUCCCUCGGCCAAUAAAGCGAGAUGAGCGCCGCAACCCCAGAGUCGGCCACGACAGGACCUAAUGGUCAGGGGUCCCUUUACCUUUUAUUUAGUUCAUAUUGUGUAACAGAGCAUAAGUCUGUAGUUGCCUGGCUUUGCAGUCUAUGACACGUUACUUGGGCAGUGACCCAGUACUGUUGGUACUCUGGCUAUAUUUUAGAUGUUUUCGGCAGCAGGUUAUCUUGGGUUCAAAAGAUGCUUCUGGUUAAGAUCAUUGCCAAGAAUUGGCUUUUGUUCGCUGCUGACCUUUAAAGGGUCAACUACGUAUGACACGAGAAGUGUGUGAUCAGGAUCUCUUGCUGUCUUCUAAAAACUCAAUAGCAACUGAAGAUAAACCAUUUAUCUUUUCACUCCUUCCACCUUUGGUGGUGUUGGGGUGUGUGUGUGGUUAAGCAACAAAAUUGCUUGGUGGCAUCACCUUUGAUGCCAAGAUACUGAUCAGAUUCAUAUUCUGACACUCACACAUGCUUACAUGCUAACACAGCUGUCACCUACCCCUGCUAAUCAGUGUGGGUUUUUAACCUACAGGAGAUUCUUGAUUAGGUCUUGUUUAGUAAUCACAUUUAGUCUAGCGCCAAGCUUUAUAUAUGAAGUUUUAGGUUCAAAAUGGUACAAUAAAAAAAGGCUUGUGGAUCUUCCAGUGUAGAGGGGCUAAAUGCUCAGAUUUGAUCCUCAGCUCCUCAAAUUAAAAUCUCCCAGGUGUCUUAAGAAUUUGGCCUUAUAACAGAUAAUGUAUAUGGGCUGAGAGGACAUGUAAUUAACAAAUUAUGAUCCUUGCUUCUUGUCGGCUACAAUAACUUUUUCUGUAUUUGCAUUAUUUGUGGAUAUGCUGUGCAUGUAGAAAUGAUAUAUUCCUAAGGAUCUCACCCCCCUAUUUCUUAUAUACUUGCAUCGUUCAGAAAGUGAAAUUGCUAAUAUUCCUUUUGUCAGUUCAAAGAGGUUGUAGAUGGUAUCCACCUAGCCAAGGACAGUGAUUUAAAUAAGAAUUGUUUUUGUUCCUCUUAGGGAGUUUACCAGCUUACAGUGCUAAAGAUCUUAAUGGCAACAGUCUGCCUAGACUCAUCCGGCUAAUCUAUUACUAUAUUUAGAGUUAACUUAAAACAUUAGAGCAGAUGAAAAGAUAAUUGCUGCAAAACGUUUGGAAAAGGCUUUGCCAGGUCUUAUUUGGGUGAGUAAAAGACACAAAGUAGACAGACAGAGCAGUGUUGAAUAUCAUUUGUGCUCCCCCCCCCCAAAAAAAGCAUUCAUUUCUGUGUAGAUUUUACAAAUCUUUGAACUGUUAAGAGUGCCAGGUUGAUGACAAAGUGCCACAUACAUUAAAACAUAGUUUGGAGGGUUUAAUGGUGGUUUGAGACUGUAACAAUAGUCAAUAACUGUAUUUUUCCAUGUAUAAGACAAUAUUUUUUCCUUAGAAAUAAUAGGCAAAAAUUGUGAGUUGUCUUAUACAUGGAUAGCAGAGGGGGAACGGGUGAUUUAUGGCAGCGGUGAGGCAUGUGUGCAAUAGUCUGUGGAUUUGUCAAGUGGGCUGGUGGGCUUUUGGCUUUUGGUGUCGAGCGUGCAGAUGAUUGGUGUUUGUGGAGAUGCGUGCGAUUUGCAGUGGUGGACAUGCUGUAGAGCGAUUGGCGGUGGUGACCCCCUCCCCCCAAAAAACUCAACAACUUUGGUCAAUUUCCCCCCCAAAAAUUAUUGUUGCAAUCCCAAAAAAAAGGAGUCGUCUUAUACAUGGGAGCAUCUUAUACACAGAAAAAUACGGUACCACAAGUGAAUCCUGCACACGAUAUGAGUGCCACAGCUCCAAUUCUGACCAGACUUGUUGACAUUCACGCUCUUCUAAAGCCAAUACCUCUUCAGAGCAAGGGUCUUUCCUUUACUAGAGUAAUAAAGGGGAACUCAGAAAUGGCUUGGGUGAUUUAUAGCUGAUAGUAAUUUACUAGUUUUAUCUUUACUGGUUCUGUCAUCUUUUAUCUCUUACUCUUAAGACUUAACACUGGGAAAGACAUGGGUGUGGAAGCAAACCUCAUUGCUCAAAUUGCUUCUUAAAAUACAUAAUAACAACACACAUGUUGCUUGUAUAAGCUCUUCUUGGAAGGAGAUGAAAAGCUUGUAUAAGAUGACAACUGUGGCAAUAAACAAGGUGGCGAAGAAACAUCCAGAUGUUCCUGACUAUUGGAACUGUCCACAUCACUAUUAAGAGUAUGCAGUGCAAGGCAAGAAGGCAGGCGGGCUGCAUUAAAUGGCCAGAAGGUGUUUGAAUGAGGCUGAUCAAAUGAUUUGCUGCAGGUCAAACUUUUACUACAAAGCAGGCUCUUGUGAAACUUUUCUUUUCAUUUAGACCCAAAACUUAUUACUGGGGCACACCGAUUGUAGUGGUUGAAAGCCAUAACUCUUUUAAUAUUUCCUUGAAAACCUAAUUGCUAAAUCCCUCUAAGUGGGAGUGGGCAACCCUUAUAAAGGACUAAAAAUAUAUUCAAAUUCCUAGGAGCCAAAAUCAGAUAUUUGAAUUCUUAGCAGCUGAAUACUUUGGCACCAAAAGAAAUAGGAACCAACCCUAUAAAAACUGGGUAAAAUGGAGAUGCAGUCCUGGUGCUUGGAGACUAGGUGUCAGGGAUUUUUCCAGCCGUGACCUUAUGGUGUACUGAAAGAGAGAUAAUCUGCGCUUGCAAGCAACAUACACUGCAUUAGAGAAGAAUGCUGAAAAGGCACAAGUCCUAGAUAAUAUAGGCAAACCCACCCAUUGCUAUACUUAAUGCUUUGGGCACAUACAGAAGUUAUCCUGUUCCUCAGUGUGAUUCAGCAUUGCAUGCUUGAGGUAUCCCUUGUUGGAGAAAGGCAAGGUCUGCUCAUUUUGCUGUUGGUUAGCUGCUUUUACCUCUAGAUAGAGGCAGAUGGCUGGGGCCCUACACAAUGUUAAAAAGGAUCGCCUACCCUGAGUCCUCUGUGAUCUACCCAGUGCAGCUUAUCUAGGACCUGUGAGUAGAAAAUGCAAACUCUGUUGUACAGAGAUAUGUUCUUUCCCACAAUGGACACUGGAAAAUAUUUCUAAAAAGAUGGUGUGCUUUGGGGUGUUUUACCCUCCUCCACUAUGAAUCAUUGCUUAUAACCGCAUCCUAGCUUGACUGCCAUUUGAGAUGCUGGUUUGAGGUGAUGGAAGUAUUGCUCUGUUGCACUUAACUCAUGAUGAAAAUCAAAAGUUUUCGGGAAAGUUUCUAAUUUAUGGGGCCUGGGAGGAGGAAACAAAUAUGAUGAACAACCAGCUUCAACCCAAUGGAGCAUGAUUUGCCCAACCCCCACCCUUUGAGGCUAGGGAAAGAUUUGGAAUUUUAACAAAAUGUCACGGGUACUAUAAAAUACCCAUUUGAUUAAUUAUAUAUAUGGGAGGCUCCCCCCUCAAGCCUAAUUGCAACAAGGGAAAGGGGAUUUGGGGGUGGGCAAGUCACAGCUGGAAACCCCUUGAAAUUGCUCUACUCUGUUGUAAUUCAGCUUCAAGAAAGGCUACUGUAGUUAGUAAAAAGGCUUCUUUGAAGCCUAAUUAUGAUGUGAGAGAGGUGUUUUCAGUGUGUUUAGGUGGGGGUGGAAUAGCUGGGGAGGGGAGAGAGUUGCUUCUUCCUUCAGCUGCACUCUCUCCCUCUGAAAAUGUCCCAUGUGCUGUAAUCGGGCAAGCUUAAUUCCAGCAGGGAAAGAAGAGGUGGGCAGGAUCUGGUGGGUGUCUGGGAAGGUUUCUGGGACCUAUGGCUGGUGACCUAUAUUGAUAAAGCACUGUGUGCAUGAUGCCUUACAGAGCAACAGAAGACAGAUCUCUGACUUAAGGAGCUAAGCCCAAAAUUCAGGAAAGGGAGGCCACAGAGGGAUUGGGUAGAGAUGAGGGUAAACCGACUUUGUUUUAGUAGGGGAUGAGCACCAGACAUCAUGCAUUUUACAUGCAGAAAGGACCCUGAUUAGAUCCUGCAACUGCAGGUAGGGCUGCUCUCUACAACCUUGGAGAGAUGCUUCCAGUCAUCUUAUUUCAUUCAAUAUAAGGCAGCUUCCUAUAAUCCUGUACAUCACAGAAAAGAUGGGAUCUGUCCUCACUCAUAGGAUCCAGUUGCUUUUCUACCCUGGCCCUCUCUGUGUGGUUGCAGGUAGGUCUCAGGGCUUUAUAAAGUCAUCUUGCAGGGGGAACGCAGUCCAUGAGCAGCUGCCAGUUGGCCAUCUGCACUCUAGGCAAAUGUUUGCCUGAGGCAGAUGAAUAAAAUAUUGCCUGUAUUGUCACGAACGCUUGCCUAUAGGGUGUUGGGCAAGAAUUUUUUUAUUUUAUUUUUUCUAGUGUAGGGAAAUAGGCAGCCAGAUAGAAGUAAUGCAUUUCCCAGAGACCCUGACAUCUUACUGCCUUUUUGUUUUUCACUUCAUUGAGCUGGCUUUGUCAACUAGUUUCGGCAUGGUACGAAAAAAGCAGUGCCUAUGGUGUAAUGAAGCUUGGCUUUCUUUUAUUAACCACAUGCACUAAGAGCUUGAGCAAGGAAGUUGAGCAAUGAUACGUUGUAAGCAUGUCAGUGUACAAAAUUGGAAAUUUACAAGUUGGGUGGGGAAACCCUUUCAAGUUUUAAUUAUUUAAAUCUUAGUUUGCGUAAGAGAUCAAAACCUUAAUCUGUUCAGGCAUUUCCAUCGCAUUUAAAAGACUCUUCAAGUGAUGUAGCUAAAGUGAAACUAUUAGGAUUCACUUUUAACAGUUCACAUUGAAACACUGCUAGUUCUGUGUUGCUACAUGUGUUAUCAUCAACACAGUCCAAAGAGAACAAGAGCUGCAAUAAGGUGUAUAUAUUAGACAAUGUAAGCAUUUUCCCUGCUGAUUAAACCAACUACAUGGAACUGUAAACUGAAAUUAACUCACAACCUGGUACAAAGGAAUAGUGCUAGGAUCUUACCGCUUAGGAGGUGGUUCUAUGUGGGUUUCAGACUCUUGACCAGAGUGAAAGCAGCCUUCAUAAAUUUAAAUAAACAGCAGAUAAGGUCACUAAUUCUUUUUUGGUUGUCAAGAGCUUCAUGAGGUGGCUGUUCUGAUCGUUGGAAUGCAUAAGGGAGUAGAGGAAAUUAUUUGCUUUAAAAAGUGAAUCUACUUCUAUUCCAGCUGUGUCUGUUUGGGCAACUAGACACUUUGAAUUCUGGAAGUAAUGCCAUUGGGGUUUUUUUAUGCUUCUGUCCCAACUCCGUUCCACCCAACUUGCUCAGAGCUGCUGUGGGAGCUUAAAAAGCAGAGGCAGCAAAAUGUGAUGCAUCAAAUGUAGCAAAGUGUGGACUCCCAAGCAAAAGGGUCAGUGGCAACCAUAGGUCCAGUAGUAAGUUAAUGGCCAUAUGCUAGUGUAAACCCUGGGCUUGCAGGUGGCGAAACAGCACAACUCCCCGCACAAUAAUAAACAAGUUCAUUAUUUCCUUCAUGGUUUGCUUAUGUCAGGUCCAACAGGUUUUUGUUGUACUUCAGAAACUUGUGAGAAGCAUUUGCCCACAGUAGAGAAGACUGAUACAGCCCACUGUGGCAUUAUACUACAAACAAGCCUAGGAGGAACUACCCCCCCCCUUUGCAAAUCAGUGGCUAAUUUCCAGUCAAUCCAGAAGCUCACAAUAAUUUUGGUUGUUCCUUUCCAACUCUACAAUUUCCUUUUUCAGCUGCGGCGACCAGAACUGAACACAGUAUUCCAGAAAUGAGCACAGUAUUCAAAAUGCAGUCACACCAUAGUUUUGUAUGACAGCAUUAUGACAUUGGCAGUUUCAAUCCUUUCUUAACAAUCCUCAACAUGGAAUUAGCUUUUUUCACAGCUGCCAAACACAGAGUUAACAUAUGCAUUGAGUUAUCCACCACAGAUCCUAAGAUCUCCUUCCUUGGUCAGUCACUGCCAGUUCAGACCCCUUAAGCACAUAUGGGAAGUAAGGGAUUUUUUUGGCCCCACUGUGCAUCAUUUUACACUUACUUACACAGAAUCACAUUUGCCAUUUUACUAGUCAUCCAGUCAUCCAGUUUGGAGAUACCCUUUUGGAACUCCUCACAGUCCCUUUUUAUUUUUGUUUAUAUCCCACCUUCCUUUCACCAUGGAACCAAAGGCAGUGUAUGUGUUGUUCCCAGGUGGUCACCUCCUUAGUUUCAGCAAGUUGGUGGCCUCAGGUGCCUUCAGGGACUUUCUUAACACUCCAAACAAAUUGGUGUCAUCAGUGAACUUGGGUACCUCACUUCUCACUCUCAACUCUUAAGUCAUAUAUAUGCACAAGUUAAAAAGCACAGUUUCCAACACUGAUCUUUGAGGUUCCCCCGUACUUCUUUCAUCCCUCCAUUUGCGCACUGUAAGUCUUCAUAAUUCUUUCUCCUUAGUGAUCAUGUUAUUUAUAUGUGUUGGUAUUAUGAUGCAUACCGUUUGCUCUGUUGCUAAAAAUACAAAAAUAAGAACCGUUUGCCCAGAGAUCAUAGCAGGACAAAAAUAAAUAAACAUAUGAACAUAUGUACUGUAGGCAAUGCUAUCUCUGUUUUAUUACCUUUCAAGUCAAUCUAUACACAAUCUCUUCUUAGUGAGUGUGUCUCUUCUAGGUUUUGAAGCUCUGGCAUGAAUAUGAUACAAUAAAAUAUUGGCAGGCUUGUCCCUUUUUAGCAUCUCCCACGUGAUAAAACUUGAAAUGAGGCAAUUGUAGAGAGCUGCAAAUAUUCUGUGAGGCACUUGCAAGGGUAUGAGUUGAGUGCUUUGUCCUUCUGUCUUUUGUUCUUUCGCGCCCCUGCUUUUUGUCAAGGUGAACUCCAGCAGGAAAGAUGCUGAGGGCAGAUAUGCCAGCUGAAUGUGUCUCUGAAGCAUUGCCUUUUCCCCUUGCCCUCCUCCCAAGUUUCCCUUCUUUCAUAUAGUUCAAUGGAAACAAGAGGUGGUAGGGCAACUGCUGGUUAGUGCUUCUUGUAACACAGUGCCGAUGAACCUGCAGGCCUCUAGAUACUGUUGGGACUCCAACUUCCAUCAGCUCCAGGCAGCAUUGGCAGUGGCUAGGGAUGAUAGGUGUUGUAGUUCAAUAACCUCUGGAGAGCCACAUGUUCCCCACCCCUGUUGUAACAGCUGGUGUUGAUCUAUAUAUCAGUUUCUUUGCUUCAGUUCAUCGUUCUUUCCAUUCUACUAGAAGAAAUUGUAAUGGAGAGACAGAAGAAACUGCACCCUUCCCCUACACUGUAACAUACUAAAUAUGUGUGCCUUCCUUUCCUUGUAAUGCAGCUUCAGUUAAUGGAUUUUUUAAUCGUUUAAGUUGUUUUGUUUUCUAAUACUAACAAUUUUCAAUAAGCUUUAAAUAUGUAAGUGCUUUUGAAAAAAUGUGGUGGUAUUGAUCCCAAAUGGAUUCUUGUACCAUCAUGUUGUUUUUUGGAUGUUAUCAGUUGCAGUUUCACCCAUUGUCUAAGACUUGGUUUCCCUAACAACAAUGAGGUGUUUGAGUCUGAGGUCUUUGUAAGGUGACUUCCAGCUACUUCUUCAAAGGGCUGUCAUUGCUUAGCAUGUUUGAUAGUAAUUAGUUCUAGCAGGAACACUUUGAUUCACAGAGAGGCAUUUUUAAUUGUCACAGAGCCUGAGUAAACUUAAAAACAACAACCCUAAAAACUUGAUAGUGGAAUGAAGACACUUGCAAAUCAACGUCGAAAUAUAAACUAGGCCAAGGGCAUUCGUUUCUGUGGACUGUUGUCUAACCUUAGCCACUUCUGUGUUAACAAUUCUUCACAUUUCUGUGCAACCCUCAGUAAUGAAACUUGCAAGGUGGCUUGCUUCUAGUCUCCUUCCAUGCACACAGGUUUGCAGUGUUCUGCUUGGGGCUAUAGAGGUGUUAAAAGGCCAGGCCAGAGGGUUUAAUUUAUAUUGGAAGUAAAAUGGAUGUGGGUUGACAAGUGAGGAUGAGGGUGGAUUGGUGGGUGACAAAUGGUAGUGGAAAGAAAACUAAGAUGGUGGGGCAUGGCUCAGUGGUUUAGCACAUGAUUUGGAUGCAAAUGGUCCCUGGUUUUGUGCCCAACAUCUCCAGCUAAAGGAACUCUACUUGAGGUGUUGAAGUCCCACUACCAGUCCAAAUUAGACAUAAUCAGAAAACAUCAAGUUUAUUGCUAGAUGACAGGAGGGUAUCUAGUUGCAUUUUACUGUUCUUCUUGGUGGGCAUAUGGCAAACUGCAGGAGGGGCUGCUCUUCUAAUGAACAUAAUGAUAGAUGGCAUAGGGAACAGCUUAAAGAUGAGAGUCCGAGAUAAAAUUAUUUGAACUGGAGGGAGAGAUUGAGAAGUGUGGCACAAGAAAAGAAGAGAAGCUUUAGGUCAGGCAUUAUGAAAUGCAAGGUUUAAAACUUAAUGGCUAGAACUUUGAGAUGUUCACAGCUUAAUGCCAUCCCAUAAUGCAGCAAGCAUUUGAAAGAGAAAUGGGCAAAGCUGUGGCUUGCAUGAUCUGGCUGUUGGCAGAAGAUCUUAGUCGGCCUGUGUGCUUGCACAAGUACAAGGGGUGUUCACCACUGACGUGUUCAUUAAUCACUUGGUCAAGCUUCACAACAGGGCUCUACAUCCAGCUUUUAAAAAUCUGAGCUGCAUAUUGCUCAUUGUUUGUCUUUACUUUUGAAAUGGGGGGAAUUGUUUUUGGUUUGUGUAUGUGAUUUAUUAUUAUUUUUUAUUUGCAAGAGAAUCUGUUUGGCAGCACAAUUCCAGUUAUUUUUCACUCAUUCACAUUCACCCAUGGUGUUAACCCUAAUCGUAAUACAUUGGUUCUAGCAAUUUGUCCUGCACAGUUGGAGAAGUUAUUUUUGGAUUUUUUCAUCUCUUCUCCUGCCCCCACCUCCAGUUAAUCCAUCUCUGAGCUGGCAUUGAUGGCACAUUCCCCAUUACCAUAGGCAUAGCCAAGCAAUACAAAGAGCUUCUGGGCAGGAUUCCAGCUGGCUACAGAUCCCUGCUCCCUAAUAUUUGAGCUUUUGAUGUACACUCUGGUUCUGUGAUACGCUUAAACUUGUAGCCAACUGUCAGGGUGGCCUGCUACCCAUUUAGAAAGCAUGGCGCUUUCAGCUUGUCACUGUUGUCGCUUGUUUACAUGAUUAGGACUACCUGAAGAUGUAUGUGGUUUUUUGUUUUGUUUUUUUAGCAAUGAGUACUUCUGCUUGUGCCUGAUGGAAACCAAGAGCUCCCAACGUCACCUAUUGAUGGUUCCAGUGCAUUUAUCAAAGGCCCAAAGGGGAACUGAGCUCUUGUGAUAAAGUGAAUCCCUUUAUUUUAUUCCUUUUUCUGUCCAUCUGUGUGGAAAGAGGAAGCUAUAUUGAGGGCUCUAUGGUGCUAUCAUAAAAUAGCCUUUCCUGACAAGGCUUUUAUUUCCGUAGAGAGAGAUACUAAAAAACCAUCCUCUUGCAAGAUGGAUGGGCUGAUACUAUUAUUGUUGUUGAGAAAAGAUGCUAGCGUAUUAGUGUGUGUGUGUGCUCACGCACACACACAAAUAAUAAAGGGAUUGUGUUCUACUGAGUCAGUAAAAAUCAAUGAUCUUUUAAAAAAUAAAUUUAUUUAUUCUUUACAAAACAUUGCUUUGAUCUUCAGAUAUUUGGAUGUAAUAAAAGCAUAUACAAAUUGAAGCCAUGAUCUUCUGUCAAACCAGUUUUUCUUUGUAAAAGAAUCAACCAGGAACAGAAAUAUGCAAUUCUUGUUGUUAAACACUAUAAUAUAAAAUACUAUUUAUAAUUGUAUCAUGACAAUUUAGACUUUCAGCCAGAUACCAUCUAUGUCAUGUAGAAAUACUGUACUAACUUGCAUCUAUUGGCCUUUGCUCCUGGAAAGUUUUAGGGACCUUAGUCUUCAAGUAAAUGAACUUGCUCAGUCCCCUUGCAUGAGUAUGUACAGAGAACUACAGUUACAAAGUGUCAUAGAGAGUCCAUUAACAAACAUAGAGACAGCCAAACAGAAAUCCUUAAUCUCACAAUCCCACAAGCAGAUAUAAAUACUGUAGUGUAAAAGGCACAUGGGCUGCUUGAUUAGAAUUUUUAGAUUAUGCCCCAGGUGUAGUGCAGCCACAUUCCAUUUUAAAAGUCCAUUUUAAUUUUGAUAGUGCUCAGUUGGUAUGUGUGGUUGUACAUGGAUUAGAAAGUUGGAAGCUUAAUUUAUCUAUCCUCUUUCUUAAUUAUUGAAAUUGCUCUACCCUGAUUAAUGAUUGCCUCCUUGAAAAAUUUUGUAUGAAGAGACCUAGGGUGAUACAAUCGUUCUGCCGGUGGUGGUUUUCACUCACAGUGUCUUGAGCAUUGGAUAUUGCUUCAGGCCAGCUACAUGAUGUUUCACAUCUAGAAGCACAGUAUGUCUAACCGCAGAGUUACUUGGUACAGUGGUACUGAAGUGGUAUGGCUCUUCCUGUGGCCAUGCCAUUUGAGAGUGGUUAAAAAUUGCCUGAACUGCGUGAGUGCUGGGCUUUACACAAAGUGCACAUUUCAGCAGCAGUAUGUAUGGCUCAGUAGCCCGGCAGCAACGAUAUCAUCAGGCUAAACCACAAUCAACCCCUGAGCCUUCUACUUACUAAGCACAGGAGUCAGAUCUGUACUGAAGCUCUUCGUGUUAAUGCAAGUUGUUUCGGGUGCCUUUCCUGUAAUUUCUAAGGUUUGAAGACAUAAAUCUGGAGCAUGGGGGAAAGUUAGUGGGCUGAACUGCUAUACAAGCUGAAGUGGGUGAACAAGAGUCAGAUCCCAUGUAUCAUUUUUGUACGCGUGGAUCUUCUUGAGCAGUGUCAAAAAUGUGACAAAACAAAUGUGCUGGCUAGAUUGCUUCUACAUUACCAAAUAGAAACACUUCCCCAUACCAAGCUGAAAACAAAUGCAACAUGAGAAUCAGUCCCAAGAGCGACACAAUGCUGAUUUUUAUGUUGUACUAAAGAGAACUGACAGGAACUGUUCGUCUUUGUGGUCUGCAGUCUGAUACAUGAUGACUAUAUUAGGGGGGAAAAAUUUUCCUCGUGAACUUUUUCUGUUAUAUUUCACAUAUAUACAAAAUUUAUGAUCCAUAAAAUUAGACUUUUAAGAACACGGUAGAUAUGUAUUUUCUACUCAAAGCUGAAAUUUGAGACACAUGAAGUGGGUGCCAUUGCACUUUGUAAGGCAAGUAAUAUUCUUCAGGGUUUUGCAUAGUCCACUCUUUUGCAGGCUGCAUUGGGUCUUUCUGGGUAGUUGGCUGCUGGAAUGAGAAUUGCCCCAUCCAAAGAAAGAUGGAGCAGUUUUCCUUAGGCGGAAUCUGCCACAAUAUGUCAGAAGGCUGCAAGCAACAGUUGGAUAUGGCAGGAGAGCUGAUUUAGGAUUUCUAAAGGCUAGUCUGACACUGCUAUGAAUCUGGUGCAGGCAGUGUGCUUGUGUCUACACACCCCUGUGAUAAAAUGCUACAUUUUGCAAAAAGGGAACAUGCUUAGGGAAGAAUUUCUUUGAGCUUUGCGGAUCCCAGGGAAGGGGACUGCAAACAAUACUGUUGUGAUGUGUCAGGCUUGUACAUUAGGGUUGCUUGUCAGUAUGGCAUAGUCUGUUAGCUUCAACAAGUCUCUCAGUCAGCACAAAUUAAGGCCCUUCUCCUGUCCUCUGCUUUGUGCCUUUGAUAAUUGUUUUGAAGCAAAUUGGUGUGUUUCGUACUUCUAAUUUUAUGCAUCUCCUUCACUAAUUAUUACUGUCAGCAUUUUCCAUCCAGGAGUGCUGUUCUGUUUGGGGGUAUAAAAACUAGAGCAACCUCGCAAGUCCUCUGGCCAUGAUAUUUAUGGCUCAACAUUAAAUUUAGAAAGACAGACAUGCACUGAAACUUGCUUCCAUUAAAUGCCCUUACUUUAGCUUUAUGGAGCCCCCCCCCCAAAGCCUUACUAACAAUUAUAAGCACUGGAGAAGGCAAAUGACAUUGACCUAUCCAGACACCAGCUGCUUAAGAGGUUGCUGUACUUGUGAAACUGGAAAAUCUAGUGAGGCCUGCUUUUGCUCUUGCUUAGAGGCCCUUGUUAAAUUAUCCAGAGACAAUUAUGAGAUAGUUAUUGUUGAAGCUAAUAGCACCUCUGAGCCCUUAUCAAAAGCUGUUUUUUGGAGGGGUUGUUUUUGUUUUAAUGCACAGCAGACCUGGAGCUGUGCAGGUGCCAUUCCAGGCCCUCGUUUAAUUUAAGCUGCUUUAGUUGGCAUGGCAACUAGUUGAGACAUCUGGGAGACAUUAAUGCUCGGGAUUGAGGUUGAGGAGGAUUUAGGUGGGAGAACCAAACAGGGAUGUCAUACCAUAAUAAAGCACAGAGUAUUGUAACUGGUUUUCUAGAAUAGUGUGUGUAUUGGCAGGCAGGGGGGACGGGGCUGGGUGAGGAAAAUCUGUUUGGAAAAGAGGAAAAAUGCAAUGGAUGCUAAUAUGGGUGGGGAUUUUACAAUAGGAUCAUGUUUCCUGAGCAGAUUCUGUAAGCCCUUCUUAAAUUUCUCCGUAAGACCAGGCUUUGCAAAGAUGGUUAAGAACAUAAGAAGAGCCCUGCUAUAUCAGACCAAAGGCUCCUGUUCCCCACAGUCGCCAACUUACGAGAAACCCACAAGCAGGAAAGAAAGAAGGCAGUAGCUCUCUCCUACGGUGGUUUCCCAGCAAUUGGUGUGCAGGGGCUUGCUGCUUCUCAUUCUGCAGAUAGCAUGCAGUCGUCAAAACUAGCAGCCAUCAUUGGCAGAAGUAACAGCCGAGUAAUAUUUUUAUUACGGCCAUUGAAAAUGUCCAGAGUAGUGAGCAAGGAACAAAAAAGAGGGAGAUAGAAAACCUACUUUCCUGAGCAUGAUGAAAUGAAUCAUAGUCCUACCGUUUUUUGAGUUGGGAACCGGGGAAGCAGCUUUGCAAGCUUAAUUUGAUGGGACAGUGCUGCAGGCAAAACGGGAUUUCCGUUUGCAGCAAAAGCCACGUGGGUGGUAUAUGUGGAUGCAGUCACUGCUCUCCCUUUGAAAAUAUAAAAGCCAACAUGUAGUGGGAUCUGUCAUUUGGGCACUAAUUGGACUACAUGUAAAGAAGCGACGCUUUACACAAAACUCCUAAAACAAGCAUAGACAACUUGGCUCACUUCAAGGGUUGCAUGAAAUAGCGUGGGUGUGGUAUGUCAGGUAACAUGCUUCAUCUAGAAAACGCUAUGUGACUGUCAUGUACCCUAAAUUUCAUUUGUGGAGGUUCGCUCUGCUUUUUCUGAAGUGUGCAGUACAAUGACAAAAGAAGUGCUUCUUUUUUAUGUUGCAUAUCUAUAUAUCUAUAGAUAGAUAUCCUGAAUCAUCCUGAAUGCAUAGUCCCAGGGCAGCUACAGAAAAGUAGUAAGAGACAAUAAAAGUACAAUGAUUAAAAAUAGAAAAUAAGAAAAAGCAUACAGAUGCAGCCAACUAAAAUAGCAACAAUCCAUUCAAAUAAACAGUAAGAUCAAAACUUUGAUUUUAUAUAUAUAUGCUAACACAAGCUGUUCUUAAAAGCCUGGGAAAACAAACGUUUUCUGCCUGGCAUUCAGAAAUGAUUGGUAGCCAAGGUGCUUCCUGGGGAGGGCAUUCUAAAGAUGAGGAGACACUGCUGAUAAGACUCUCUUUGGUCAUGACCUGUAACAUUUCAGAUGGUGGGGGACCCUGGAGGAAGAUGGUGAUCUCAGGGGGCUGGCAGAUUGAUAGUCGAGCAGGUAUUUGGGCCACAUGAGCAGAUAGUCGAGCCACAUCGUUUUAAGCCACAAAGGUUAAGACCUUUUAAACCCAGAACAGAUUUCUUCCACCUUGCUUCCCUCCCCAGAACUCUUCUAGUCCUGUCACUGCAGGCAUAACCUGUUACCUGAAAAUCCUGACGCACUGGUUUUGCUGCAGGCUGUGUGUCCACCCAGACUCUUGUCAACAGCCAAACUUGUGGAUCAGAGAAUUCGCCUGACAAUUACAUUGGUAUGGGAGGUGAAACUGGGAUACCAUCUUGUUCUUUUUUGUAGUUACAUCUAAGCACUUUAUUGCUGACAGUGGGGAAAAUCAGACCGCUUAAGCAGGUAUGACUCAGGCAAACAGGCAGCAGCUAUCGGCUGUUCUCAGGUGCUUUUUUCAGCUGUGUUCCCAUCCUGAUGAUGCAUGAGAGAAGCAGGCGGGCUCCCUGAUAACAAUUUUGAUUUAGUACAUUUGGUUUUUUGCCAUCCCUCUGUAAAUGUCUGUGGUGCUUCCGAUGCUCAUUUGCAUCUCCACCUUUAAAUGUCAGCAGGAAGGGGGUGCUGAUUUUUGUCAUGCUGAACUACUGCCGUAUAUCGCCAACAAGCAGUUGCGUUUUCUGCAACUGUGCCAGUCUAUUAAAUGGUUCCUUUUAUCUUGCUUUCUCUAUGUGAGCCUGCCAAUUUGAAAGAAACAAAACUGGAACUUUAAAGAUGUGCACCCAGAUUGUAUUGUUUGCCUAGUUUCAGGGUGCCUCUUCACACACACGAAAGGAGUUGGUAGAGUUAUUUAUCGGCAAAAAGAAUUGCACAGGUUCCACUGCUGAUGGUUCUGAAAAUAGCAGAAAUGUAAAGAAAUGAGCUCUACGUUGAAGUUACUUUACUUGAAAAAUGGGCUACAUUUUUAUUGUUCAUUGAAAUAACAUUUCUGAAUGUUUGAAUGUUCUGAAUUUGAAAGCAAUGUGUGUGUGGGUUUUUUUAAAGACUGCAUCUUUCUUAGAUUUUUCUUUAUGGUCCAUGUGUACAUGAGGAAAAAUGUGUUUAUGGUUUCAAAACAAGGAAGCAAUUUGGUUUGUCAGCUCUUGGGGAUCAUUUGAGUCCGUAUAGUACAGGCAUGGCCAAACUCGGCCCUCCAGAUGUUUUGGGACUACAAUUCCUACUCUCCCUGACCACUGGUCCUGUUAGCUAGGGAUGGUGGGAGUUGUAGUCCCAAAACAUCUGGAGGGCCAAGUUUGGCCAUGCCUGGUAUAGUAAGACUAACUUUCCCUAAAGUCAAGUUUGGUUUUUCCCAUACCUGGGGAGUUAAGUAAGUAAAUCAAAAUAACAAUUACUGUAGAAUAAAAUGCCACUAGCUGCUACUCUGGCCUUUGCUAACUCUCUGUAUCAUGUGAUAAAGAGAACAAGAAGAAACAGCUUUUCAGACAUCUCUUGCACCAAGUUGAGGAGCUGAAAUCAUUUGUCUGUACUUUCCUUAAUGAGUGCAAUUGAAGAUAUGUUGUUACAGAAUUGAUGCAGAGCGACCUCCAUAAGAUUAUUGUCUCUCCUCAGCCACUCAGCUCGGAUCAUGUAAAGGUUUUUCUUUACCAGAUUUUAAGAGGUAACAUGUUUUUGGUUUUUAAUGCAGAAUGAAUGUGUUGGGUCCUUACCCCACCCUAUCCCCAUUGCAACCUGUAAACUCACCUUCUCCAUUACCUCUGACAGUGGAAUCCAGCUGUGGGACCAUCCAUAAAGUGGGGCGGGGCGGGGCGGGCAAGGAUGGUGUAUUGGUUAAAAUGUGGCGAAGGGUGAUGUGGGGGAAGUCGGGAGAUUUAUAAGCCUUUAACAACAGUGGUAUACUUUAUGGAUCGGUCCUGCUCCAAUUUUAAUACGUUAAUUCAUUCCCUAUGAAUUAUCCUCCCAAAAUUAAAAUGUCCCAGCAUUUAAACUUGGUGAAAAUAAUGGGUUAUAUCUGAUGUUAGUGCUGCUCAGAGUUAGACCUAUUGAAAUGAAUGGGCAUGCCUCACUUAGAUUUAUUAUCGUCAGUGGUUGUACUCUGAGCAGAACUUAGUUGAAUACAACUCCAUAUCUUUUAAUUUGAAGUUCAGUUCAGCUUGGAAGAAUUUAUUAAGUUGAACAAACCCAGUCUUUGGUGUUCAGAGGAAAAAUAAAACUAAACCUGCUUAAUCUUCAGCUAUGCAUACUCUGAUGAAAACCACCACGCCUGGGCAUACUUAGAAAAUAUAUGGUUUUGAUUUCGACUUGCAUAUCUCCCAAAGCUUCCAAAAUAUUUAACCAGCUGGAGUUAGUCUAGUAAGGGACCUUUUGGCCAUGGUCAGUCUUAAUAGUAGCACCUUGAUAUAUGUCUUAAACUCCUUUGUAUGUACAAAUUUUAGGCCUUUAUUAAAAAAAGUAAGGAGCAGAUUUCCACCCCCCCCCCCAAGAAACAAAACUUUGUGUUAACUUUUAAUGUGGGAAAAAUACUGGAGUGUUGACUCUGUUCCUUGAUAACUUAACAUUCUCCUCUAAAUAGUCUGCUGGCCAAAAGAGAGCCUUCCAAACAUAUGUUAACUUGGAGAUAUAGAGUGUGCUAGUAAGCUGGAAAUUCCUUAUCAAAUGCUACUAUUACUGAGAACUGUAAUUCUGCAUUGAGAGCUUUGCAACAGAUAUCUGUUGCCUGGCUGGGUUAGUUUUGCAUCCUAAUGGAAGUCUGAAGAAUGUAACUGCUCAACACCUUAUGACAAAACAUUGUAAAUAUGAUGUCAUACUUUGUAUGUAGAUGUAGCUCAUGCCUUAUAUCACGCAGUCACUCACACACCUUGCAUGUCUUUCUAGGAUCUGUUAUUUCCUUUUACUCUAUGCAUAGUUUGCCUUUUUUUUUACAGCUUCUCUUUUUUAUUUUUGUUUGCAGGUCUGAAAUACCUACAUUCGGCUGGUAUUUUGCAUCGAGACAUUAAACCAGGGAACCUACUUGUGAACAGCAACUGUGUUCUUAAGGUGGUUUUUUCACACCUAUAUAAAAAAUACUGCACAUGCCAUGCCCAGGUCCAAAAAGGUUUUGCUGUUUCUUUCAAAAAUAGAAAUAGAGGGUUGCUUCUAUAAUCCGCUUGUCUGUAGCUCUGAGAUGCUUAAAGCAAAACCCAGGAACCCUGAACUUCCUAGGAAAAAGCCCUAGUGAUAAGUAUGAGUUGAUUCUCUUCAAGUAGGUGCCUCUUCAUUUGAAAAGUGUGUUUCCUUUCAUUCCGGUACAUUGUUACCAUUAUUAAUAUGGCAUUGAACACAAGAGUUUUUGUCAUCCCCUCUCACAUUUGUACAAUACUGGGGAAUAGCAAUGCCUUGCUUUGACUUGGCUUGAAGGAGAGGGAGGACUAUAAUUUCUCCCCACCUCCUGCUCAGAAGCCAGGAGCAUUUCUCUGCAGAUUAACAGCACAGUCUUGUGCACGUCUACUCAUCCUGUUUCUCCUGAGUGAGUGGGUGUAGGAAUGCAGCCCAGGAAUCCAGCAGGAGCCUGGUCCUUCCAUCUGAUCCAGCAUAAAAGCUAAAUUGAUCCCGAUAUUUAUCAAUCAUACAAUGCUUUGACUUGAUCUGCGCACCCUUCUGCUUCUAAGAUCCAUUAUGUGCACAAGAUCCAUUAUGUGCACAUUCUUAUGGGGCAAAAUACCUGUGUCUUGGUUGUAGCAAUUUAUUCUGCAGAUGGGGGCUUCCACGACUGAAUGCUCCUCAAUACAAAAAUUAAAAAAUCAUAUGCAGGGAAAACUCUUGUCAAAGUAAAGGCUAGGAUAGAAUCCUGUUCCCAAACAGUCUAGUUUACUUUGUAGAAGUUGGUGGGGAAGCAGGUUGUAUAUAGAAACAUAAACACAGCUAAUACUUUGGUAGGACAAACUCUUAAUUGCACACAAAAAAAUCUCAAAAACACGAGAAACCUGAGAAGUCUGAACACAAAGAAGGCUUAACAGUUAGUGAACAUUUCAUCCCUAUAUUGGGAGAGCUAGAUUUAGCAUGAACGCAACUAUGAAAUUUGAAAACCUGCCACUAUCUGAAGUUUCAGGCAUUUUCUGAAAUAUUUCAGAUCCUGGUAAUCCUGAACUGUUAAAAAUUUAGCUAAACAAAUAUGCAUCCCAUAGGUACAUAUGCCUGGUUUUCAUAUGUGUAUGGCUCAAACCAAGUUUUAUGUGGACUAUUUGGAGGAAGGCAGAUUCAGAUAUCACAUAUCAGCCACCAUUCUUAAAUCUGUAUAUCUGUAAAUAUACAAAGUAUUUGCUCACCUCUUUCUUUCUUUAUUUUCCAGAUCUGUGAUUUUGGCUUGGCCAGGGUGGAAGAAUUAGAUGAAUCUCGUCACAUGACUCAGGAAGUUGUCACUCAGUAUUAUCGAGCUCCGGAAAUCCUGAUGGGCAGCCGUCACUACAGCAAUGCUAUCGACAUCUGGUCCGUAGGCUGUAUAUUUGCAGAAUUGCUAGGACGGAGAAUAUUGUUUCAAGCGCAAAGUCCCAUUCAGCAGGUAUGAAGGCAUUUCAGUCUAACCCUGUUGAUUAACAAGUGAUGCCCGGCUCUCUGACUCUCCUAGUGGAUGGAAUUCAGUGCAUGUCAAAUUCUGGUCAUUCUUAACAUCCUGAAAUCUCCAUUGGGGUGGACAGUUGGAUAAAUGAAGUUGUAGUGUCUUAAGUAAUGCUUUGAAUCAGCUUGGCCUGUCCAAAAUAAGGGAGAGUGUCCCAUCUUUCUCUCUGGACUUUACAAUGGAUGGCUUCCUGAUGCAAUUCAGGUACUAGUUUUAAACUCCAUAGUUCAAAAUAUCAAACUAGCAGAUCUGAAGGUAUCACCUACUCCCAUGUGAGCUUGCCCUGCUCCAAGUUUCUCCACCUUCAGAGGUGAAGGGGGUGGCUUCCAGUGACGGUCCUUUUGUGUGGUCACACCAAGACUUGAAAAAUUUCCUCCCCAGGUAUAUUUCUCAGGUUUCUUCCUCUCUUCUGUGCCAGGGACCAUUGUUCAGCAGUAGAUGGCAUUCUUUGCUUUCAGAAUGUCCCAGGUUCAAUCCCCAAUGAGCAUCUCCAGCUAAGACUGGGGGGAGACCCCUGCCUGAAGUCCUGGAGAGCCACUGCCAAUCAGUGUAAACAAUACUGAGCUAUAUGGAGUGUUGGUCUAACUCUGUACAUAAAAGGCAACUUCCCAUGUUCCUAACUAAAAACGUCUUCGUUGGGUUAAGCGCUUGGCAGCAUUUAAUUGUGAUAGGAUUUUAAAAAAAUGUAUACAUAGUUUUAAUGGUGGCUGCCCCUUUGGCUUUGCAUUUUUAUUAUAGUAAGGAAUUCUGUUUAAUUAUUAGAGGGACCUAAACUGGUGGAAAGGUAGAAUAUAAAUGUUUUAAAUAAACAGGGUUUCCUGAACGUUUGUGCAAUGGUUCUUCUGCCUUGUAGAACACUGAGCCGACAGCCUUGGUUCUUAUUUUUCCUGGGUCCUUUAGCUCCUGCCUGCAGAUAACAAGUUUGCAGCUUGCUGAUCUGAUUCAUGCUCACAGCAACCUUCUGAGGUAGAUUGUCAUCCUUCCUAUAUGACAGAUGGGGAAUGGAGGUUGAGAGAGAAGCUUGCCCAAGGCCGCCCAUCUUGUCCAGGAGUUGCGAGGACAGGUGUGGGUGGCUGAUAAUUUGCAAACUAGAAGUGCUUUUAAAAAAUAAAAAAGUUGGUUGAGAAAAAGUGAAAUGCUAUUCCGAAGUUUUUCAUAGAAUAUAAAAAUGCUUGGGUAAAUAUACUGACAGUGUCACAGUCUUCCAGUGGUUACUAUAUUAAGGAUGCUAGUUUAUACUGUAAUCUGUCAUCUCCAGAGUUGAAGGGAUUUUGCGACAAUUGGCUGGGGAUCGUAUGUAACAAAGUAAACACAGUGUUAUCAAGAAAUUGUUUCUGCCAGAUUCUGGUGAAGAAGACCAUGCUGUGGCUAAAUGGAAUUUGAGGUUUAGCAAUACAGUGGUACCCCAGAAGUUGAACGGAAUCCGUUCCGGAAGUCCAUUCGACUUCUAAAACAUUUGGAAACCAAGGCAUAGCUUCCGAUUGGCUGCAGGAGCUUCCAAUUGGAAGCCGUGGAAGCUGCGUUGGACGUUCAGGUUCCAAAGAACAUUCACAAACCGGAACACUCACUUCUGGGUUUGCGGUGUUCAGGAGCCAAAAGGUUUGACUUGCAAGGCGUAUAACUGGAUUUCAGUCAUAAGAGGUCUACAAUGUCUACAAAAUAUUCCCAUAGCUUCAGACAACCUGCACAGGAUAAGGAAGUGCAGUUUUUCAGAUAAUAGAGCCUAGUUUGUCCCACCUCAGCAGCUGAGAAAAAGAAAUCUGCAUGUGACAUGAAGGAGUGAAAGACUUCAUCCCCUUUGUGUCAUCCCCUGCCCCAUCAAUCCAUUUGCAGGAUUGGAGGGCAGCAGAGCAGACCUUUGCCCUCUAUAUCAAAACUUGUAGAUCCAGCACUGAAUCCCACUACACAGUUUGAGAAGCUAAACCUACCCCCCAAAUUGUGACUUGGUUGCUGCCAUUUGCAUUCUGCCAAUGGUAUAUUUGGGCAAGUAUCCGUAACACUGUGGUACAAAAGAUUGCUGCCAUAGCUCAGUGGGAUGCACACUCCGUAUGCAAAAGGUCCAGACUCAAUCCUCAGCAUCCCCACUUGAAGGAUAUUGAGUAGCAAGACUGGGAGAGACCUGUUCCUGAGCUGUUGCCAGUCAAAGUAGCAGGACUGGGCUACACAAACCUGACCUAAAUCAGUUUUUCAGGCUGUAUCCUGACUUUAAUUGCACUCAUCAUCGCUGUUAACCAAUCAAGCUCAGAUGUAGCACGCUUAAUGUGCAAAAUGUUUUGAAGUCUGUUACCUUCACAGGAACACUUUGUGAGGUAGGUUGCUAUGCCCAUUAUUAUUUUCAUUAUUAUUUUUAUCCUUCACCAACUAGUCCCAGGGCAGUUUACAGCCAUUUAAAAUUCAGAAUUAUAAUCAGUUAAAACAAAUUGCAGUCACAGGAAUAGGGUGAGUCCUGUAAACACAGGUCAGAGGCCAGGGUGAAGAGAUGCAUCUUCAUCAUUCGCCAAAAACCGAAAUCAGUGCAAUACGUUGUUGGGGCAGCGGCAAUAAAGGAGAACUGCCAAAUACAAUCACAUUCUGCAAAACCUUUGCAAAAUUACCACUCUUUGCAUUGGUUUAGUAUCUACAAAAUGGUGAGCAACUUAGGCCCCAAAUACCUGAAACUCCGCCUCCUUCCCUACAGAUGCUCUCAAGUGUUAAGGUCAGCAGAGGGGCCGCUCCUGGUGGUUCUGCUGUCCUCAGAUGUUUGGGUGGUGGGGAUUUUCUUUGGUAGCCCCUACGUUUGUAGUUUCCUCCCCACAGAGGCGCAUCUGGCACUUUCACUAUACAGCUUUUCUCUUUCUGUUCUUUUGGGUACAGGUAGGUAGCUGUGUUGGUCUGACGUAGUCAAAAUAAAAUAAAAAAAUUCCUUCCAGUAGCACCUUAGAGACCAAGUAAGUUUGUUAUUGGUAUGAGCUUUCGUGCGCAUGCACGCUUCAGAAAGCUCAUACCAAUAACAAACUUACUUGGUCUCUAAGGUGCUACUGGAAGGAAUUUUUUUGGGUUGUUGUUCUUUUGGGGUUUGCGUCACUGUGGGUUGUAUCACAUGCUUGUUCCACUCAGAGAGACCCAUUGAAAUGAAUGGAAAUGACUAACUAAGGUCUAUUAAUUUCAAAUGGUCUUGUCUGAGUAGAACUUAGGUGAACGCAACCCUGUGGGACUAUGGACAUGUCAGCCCUAUUGUUUUCGGAGAGUUUCAGAUCCUUCUAACUUCCAUGCAAUGGAGUCCUUGGAAGUUCUUUGAAGGGGUCUGAGGAAUCCCUAACACAGGCAUCCCCAAACUCAGCCCUCCAGCUGUUUUGGGACUACAACUCCCAUCAUCCCUAGCUAACAGGACCAGUGGCCAGGGAUGAUGGGAGUUGUAGUUCCAAAACAGCUGGAGGACCGAGUUUGGGGAUGCCUACCCUAACAGAUUAGAGCCCCCUCUAAAGGUUACUAUUUCCAGGAUGCUCAUUGGGCACCUAAAAUAAGCAGUGAUGGCUGCAAUACAUCUCCAGGUGAAUAUGCCUGCCACUUAAGAUAAUCUUAAGGGGCCUUUCUUUGUUACGCAGCCUUCUGAGGCUAGGUGGAUGUCUACCAUAAAGAGAACCUCUCUGUGGCAAUGCCCAAACUGUAGAGCUGUCUGCUUGGAUAUGUUUUCCUGGCACAAUCUGUUGUCAUAUUUUAGGAGCCAGGUGAAGUCUCCCCUGUUCUUUCAUGCUUUUAAUGAAAAUUUAUGUCCUCUUGUUGGCUUUUAAUCUGCUGGUUUUACUGUCUUUUAUCUUUGUGGGUUUAUUUGUGGUUCUAAGGCAAGAUAUAAAUCCCAUACAUGUGUAAACAUGUACACAUGCCGCAGUUUCAAAUAGUACCAGAAAGUGGAGAAUAGAAGGGAAGAGGCUGAUUGUGCAAAGUUGUGUAUUCAUUUAGGAAAAUAGGAAGCUGCCUUAUACAGAGUCAGACCAUUGAGUUCAUCUAGCUCAGUAUUUCUAUUUUUUUUUUUAAUUAAUAUUUAUUAAGUUUUCAAAGAAUAACAACAAAAAUUUCCAAAAAAAAUUGAAAAUACAAAAAGCAAAAAAGAUAAAGAAAUAAAAAAGAAAAGACCCAACCAUAAAGAAAAAAAGAAAAAAGAAAAACAAAAGUAUAAAAUCAUUUACGAUCUCUAUUAACUUCCUUUCUAGACUUCCUCCUCCUCCCUCUCUUGUUUCUUAAUUUUUAAUUUUUACAGCAAAUCCUUUCUGUUUUUUCAUAACAUUCUAUCAUUACAUUUCCUUAUUCUAUUUUCCCUCUUGUCAUAUAAAAACUUUAAAACUCAAAGCUUAUAUUCAGUAUUUACCAAAUUCUUACAUCAUUACCUUUUUGCAAAUCAUUUACCAAUCAUUACUUAAGCCAUAUAGUUUCAUUCAACAUCUUUCAAACAUUUAUGAACGUUCCCAGUAUUGAAAAAUAGAAAAAUAAAAUAAGAUAAUAAGUCAGACACAAUCCAGUUAACUUCCAGCGCCCCUCCCCUGGACCUGGGAUUGUCAGUCCUUUUAACCUCGAUAGUCCGGCUCCUUAACCUGGUUGUCUCGUGUCCGAGGCCCUCAAAUCUCUUUCUUGCCUAUCUAGCUCAGUAUUUCUAAACUAACUGGCAGUGACUCUCUCCCAACCUUACCCAGAGAUACUGAGAAUUUGAAUGUGUGUAUGUGCUCAUAGUUUGAAAAGAAUAUGCUUCUAUCCAGAUUAAAAUUGUGGACAAUUUCUUCCAUCUUUACAGUUGGAUUUGAUCACAGAUCUCUUAGGAACACCGUCACUGGAAGCAAUGAGGACGGCUUGUGAAGGCGCCAAGGCACACAUACUCAGGGGUCCUCAUAAACAGGUAGGAUGAAAAACUAUGACUCUGAAUUUCCCAACAAGCCCCAUUCUGCAAGCACAUUAUGGAGGUGCUAAUCUGGGCCUAUUCUAAUGUAAGAUUUUAAUACUCGUGGCAAUAAGUGGGCACAAGAUUGAAUGAUAAAUAACUGAAGGCCAGUCAGGAAUCCUCUCUUUGGAAUCAUUUCAUUAAAUAUUUUUUCAAUGAAACACUAUGCUGUAUCACUAAUAUAUUUAGUGAAAUUGGACAAAUGGCAAUACAUUUUAGAAAAGUGGGACAUUGAAGUUCAGACAUAUUGAUCAUAUAAAUUAUCAAACAUACAUUCUUCAAAAACACUUUAUCCUUCUACAAAACAUUAGACAAUUCAAGAUAUAAAACUCUAGGUCAAGAUAACAAGUUGAGUAUUUUUAAUCCAAACUAUUACAAUUUUAGUGUACUUUGUGGUAGUUUCAUUAUAAUAAAAGGAGCAGGUUUCCUCAUGUUUAACCAUGUUUAUUAUUUCAGAGUACUUUGAGUGGUCGAAUUCCUGUUCAGUGCAUUGACUUUAUACCUACCCUAUUUCACCCAAAAAAUGCACAAACAUUUUAUUCAGAAUUGCUGACUCCCGUAUUUUGGUAUACCAUUCAUUCUCUUAGCUCGUGGUAUUUCCAUUCUCUGUCAAUAUUCAGCAUAUUUUUAAUAAAGAUUAUAAAAUAAGAAAGUAUCCUAAAAUAGAGUUUGGGUGUAGUUCAGUUAAGUUACAUACUGCCUUAUCUUCAGAGUGUUUCCCCUAGCGCUUCUGUGUGGUUUCCCAGCCCAACCACUGACCAGACCUUUUUAGAGCUGUAGUUUUGCUGAAGCAUAUGCCUUCCAACCAUACCCUGUGUAUCUCGCAUCACAUGGGGCUUUGUGCUUCACAGCCCAUCUCUUGGCCAGUAAAAGUAGUUUCUGACCUGGAGAACUAGGUGACCUCACAGGUUCUUUCAUUUCUGUGAUUCUGCAGUGUUUAGGUUUUUUUUCUGAAAGCAUGGUACCUUUUAAACCAAGGGCACUUGAGGAGCAGGAAAUGGAUCCAGGCAGCAGCCACAAAGUGAAUUACCUAAAAUAUAUGGCACGAGAACUUAUGUGUAACUCUUUAUUCCUGGAUUCAAGACAUAGUUGCCUGUUACAAUAGGUUUCUGUUGGAGAAAGCAGGCAGGUCUGCUUGACCUGGGGUAUAGGUAUAGCUGGCAGUGUGUGGUUCUAGUGAACCAUGCAUAGCAAACCACGAGAAAGUUCUGAGUUCGUGUGCAUUGAUGGUAGCAUAUGAACAAUAACACUUAGGCUAAAUUAGAAUGAAUACAAUCCAAUUACUUAAACAAGCCACUUAACCUCAAUUUCUUUCACCAUCUGUGUCUUGGGCAUAUCCGCAGAAGAUAUAAGGAAAUUAAAUAUAAUGCUUGGAGACUAUAAAGUGACUUGUAAGUCUGCAGAGGAGCAGCUGCCUCAUUCAAGAAAAUGUAUCGCUUCAGCAGAGGAUGUUAACUUGCACAAGUAAUUCUGAUAAAUGUGAAGCUCAAAUGGAACAGUCCCAGCUCACAAACAAGCUCUGUGUCCUUUAAAAAGAAAAAGAAAAACUUCAGUUCACUGAAAUUCUGGUAGAAUUGGGUAUAGAGAGCUAUGAUUUUGUGCAUGCAGGGUCAUAAAUAAUACAGCUAAGGAAUUAUAAGUUUAUUAGAGCUUUUGAAGAAAAAGAGGGCAGGAAACCUCUCUGUAGAUGAAGACUUUGUUUUCUUAGGCUACCAUAAUUGAGCGGAUCAAUCAUUGUGUAUGUAAAUACAAUGGAGGGGCAAUGAAUGGGAGCAGAAGGUCAAUUUUGCAGUUCGUGAGAUAUGAGGCCUGCUAGUUGAGUAAUAAAUCCCAUUUUUUGCACACACUUGUUAAAUAAUUCCCUGAAAGGACAACUGGGCAAAAGGCCCUGCCUGAGACCCUGGAGAGCCACUGCCUGUCAGAGAAGGCAGUACCAGACUAAGUGGACUAGCUGCUUGACAUAGGAACAUAGGAAGUUGCCUUGUACUUAGUCAGACCCAUUCAUCCCCCUCGGUCAGGGUUUUAGGCAGGGUCCCUGCCCAACUUUAAGAUGAGAUGCCAGGGAUUAAACCUGGGACUUUCAACAUGCAAAGCAGAUUCUGUACCAAUGAGCUGUAACCUUUCCCUGUUACUUCCACAAUGAAGCUUCAUAUAAGACAUGCUUGAUUUUAUAGCAGUUUGAAUAUGUGAUAUAAAUCAAUAGUCAUCCUCUGCAUCCCUGCAGAGCAUUCAUUCUCACUUGGCUUUUUUUGCCUUUUUUGGCUUGGGGUGGGGAUAAACUGUGGCAGGUGUAAGAUGUCUUGCCCAAGGAGCUUCCCCUACAGCUUUCAUGAAACAUUUAAUACAGUUUGCCAGCUUCUGUAAAGCUAUUGUAGCACCUAACCUUUUCUAUUAAUGUUCUCCCAUAAAUAGAUAAGGCAAAGGCUUGAUUGCUUCAUCAUAUUUCAGGCAGAGUAUGUUUUAGUCCUUGGUUGGCAUACAGCAUAUUCCUCCCACAUACCAAUAACAAUUAAUCAUCUUCCAUUAAUAGGAAAACUCUUAUAUAAUCUCCUCCCCCCUGCCUUUCUUUGCUCCUAAUGGUUUUUUCCCAGCACCUGCACACUCUAGACCUCUUGUAAUAAGCUUUGCGUUUUAUAUUUGCAUAGGAAAGCAGAUGAUUUCUUUAAAAAAAGAAAAAGCACCAUGCUAAGGAAAUGAUAGUGUAGGAAGUGCUGGAGAACAAACAGCUUCAAAGCCCAGAAUUUUAGGCAAUGUUCUUUUUAAAAAAGAAAAUGGCAAGGCUUUUAGAUUUGCAUAAAGAGGUCAGGGCUAUUUUUGUCUGUGAAAAUUACUUUUAAUUUUGGAGCUGUUUCCCCCACUCCCCACUUGUGCUCUCAUUCUAAUUUUAAGAUCAGGCACCCUCAGGCUGAAAUCUCUCAGCAUCCUUGAUCCAAUGCAUAGUGACUCAGAAGAGCAUAGCUUCUACUAGUCUUUUUGUUGGACAGUAGAUACUAUUAGGAUGAGCCACUGGAAAGUAAGGGUGAGAACGGAGGGCCAAUGUCCAAAAUGCUUCCGAACCAUAAUCUCCAACGGGUAGUCCCUGAUCUCCUGUAGUUCAUAUGGCCCUAAUAGAUGUUGGCAGUAUUUAGUGAAACAACUUUCAUUAUGCAGAAGAGUCUUCUGUUUCUAGGGAGGUCAUUGAAAUAAUGACUUGGGUGUGUGUGUGUGUGAGGGUUUGAAGGUUCAGCAGAAGGAAUAAAGUAGCCAAGUGGCUUUGGCAAGAGCAGAUCAAAAUGCAAGAACCAAACAUGAAGCUAGAACAGGGAGCUGCAAACUCUGCCCUGGGGGCUACAUUCUCUUUCCGCCAUAUGCAUACAAGUCUCCACAAAUAAUUUUGCUAGGAGCAAAUGGCUCUGGCCCCCCAGCAAACAGGUUGUGUGGCUUUCUGCAGAUCCCUGUUCCCAAAAUAUUGGCAAAGUUGAAGAGAAGGUAGUAAGUAGCAGGAGUCUUUACACUGCUUGGAAAAGAGGCGCCUGCUGUUCCUUUUACACUUGUGAUAUCACACCAUGCCUCUCUCCCAAGCCCAUUGUCUGCCAGAGGAUGGUGGGGUGUGUGUGUUGGUGACCACAACUAAUGGUUGUCUAGAAGGCCAGCCACUGCCUUCCUCCCUUCAUAUACCUCUCCCUCAAACCAUGGGCUUAUGUUGUACCUUAAUUUGUGAUGGGCUUUAACUAAUACCUUGGUGUGUGUCCAUCUUGGUUGAAAAUCAGUUUGUCAAUGUAAUAAAUACUAGUGUCUUUAUACAAAAAGAGGGCAGCAUUACUUGCUUGUUCUGUGAACGGAAUUUAAUAUACAUUAAGAAAGAAGCAGAAGUAACUUGACCCAUAAUGCACGUUUUCACCCAAAACAUGGUUCUGAGAAUAGCAACAGUAGCUUUGGAGAGGUACAGUGGUACCUUGGCUCUCAAAUGGCCUGGCUCCCGAAUGCCGCAAACCCGGAAGUAACUGUUCCAGUUUGCGGACGUUUUUCGGAAGCCUAACAUCCGACGCAGCUUCUGUUUCAGUGCAGGAAGCUCCUGCAGCCAAUCGGAAGCCGUGCCUUGGUUUUCGAACGGUUUCGGGAGUCAAAUGGACUCCCACAAUGGAUUAAGUUCGAGAACCAAGGCACCUCUGUACAGUACUUCAUUUCCUGAGCUCAAGCAUGGGUAUGUAAAAAGGGGGGGAAAGUAACCAAAACCCAUUCUGAAGAAACUUAUGAGUGACUAAGAUAGUAAGCUUAAAAUUAAAAUAAAUGAAAACCUGGGUUUUGUGGUCUAAAAAUACCACAUAGCAUAUUCCUUGUUCUUAUGUUUCUUAGUGAGAUUCUAAGUAAGAACGUUUGUGUUCAUUGGAUGCUAUGUGUGUGUACGCUUGAGUGCGCAUAUGCAUGCAUGGAGAGACUAUGCUGACAAUGAAGAGUAGUAUUGUGAAUGGUUGGAGGAAUGUCCUCCAAAUGAACAAUAAUAAUACUUAGCAGGUAGGUAGGUGGGUGGGUGGGUAGGUAGUAGAUAGAUAACUUGCGUGAAGCCCUUAGAACAUUAUUUCAAUGACCUUUUAACACCCCUGUAGGUUUGGCUCAGGUUAUCUUCCCACUGAAGAUGCGUGUCUGAGGGUGGGGGAGAAAGAGACUGUAAAAAGUUCACUCAUCAAGUUGAUGAGUUUACAUACCUUUAAAUAUAUAGAAUUUACCAAUUAUGUACAGCAUUACUGCACAAUAUCAAUGACCAAAAUGAGGAUAUAUAUGAAUACUUACAUAGAUUCUAAGCUUCAGGAAUCCUUACUGAACAAAAAUGGGAGGAGGAGAUGCUCCAGACCUGACAGAUUUCUGGAAUGCAGGAAUCAACUGACCUUGGAUUUUUAGCUAGCAGGGCUGCCUCUCAACAAAAAACAAAAACACCUGACUGGCUUCUCCUGUCCAUCUAACUCGUUAUAGAAAUAGGGUCAUUUUUGUUAUAAUGAUUUCAGUUUUGUUCAACAGCCAACCUCAAUUUCCCAAUUUCUCACUUUUGUGUUAAUUCCAGUUUACCCUCACAAUUCUAAGAGAACUGCAGUGAUUAAAUCUUAGAAAUGCUGUCCUCUUUAUCUCCUUUUAUGCACACAUUUCCAUAACCUAGAAAACCUAGAAACUUGCUUCAUUGAAUGAAACAAAAUACUGAGGGGUUUUGAACCCACAUUCUGCUCCAGAUAAUAGGCCUAUUUUAACAAUAACUUUAAAAGAUACAAGAUGAGCUUUUCUGAGCUCUUUUCCUUUCCUUUUUUCAGUUUUAGCAGGGUUGUCUCCUGUAUUUCUUUCCCUGCCUGCCUUCAUUUAAGAAAGUUAAAAUCGAGUCUUCUGGCAGCUCUGCAAAAAAGCAAAUGCAUAUUGCUAUGAGAAAAUAAAGGUGGGAUUGGCCUGAUGAGUUUUUGAAAUGAAACACUUGCUUUUAUCCCACAGAGCUCUUCUUAUAUACCUGCGUGGAUUCUAGCAGAGGGAUGUGGAAACUGUGGCCCUCCAGAUGUUAUUGGAGUCUAGCUCCCAUCAGACAGCAUAUCCAUGGAUGAUGGGAGUUGUAGUAUAUCUGGAUGGCUGCAAGUUAGCCACCCCUGCUCUAGGUGUCUGUAGGUGUUCUGUUCAUAUGUGAAACUUUCCUGUGAGCACAGAGAGACAAAAUUGGCAUGCUAAGCUCUCCUCCCGCCUUGCUGUCCCUUGUGAAAGGGCAAGGUCUGAGCAGGGAGCCUCUACUACCUGUGCAAAGUUUCCCGCAUGAUUAGGGAUCUGAGUUGCUUGAGAACCCUACAUGGAUCUUUUCUGCUGCAGACCUCUCCCCUCCACAUUUUGGAGAGUGAUUGGGGACAGAAGCUUAGCACAUUGUCCCAUUCUGUCCCCCUGUGCUCAGAUUUGGGCUUCACACAAGUAGCACAAUUGCAUUGGAUCUUUAUGUUAAGGGUGAAUUGCAUGUAUCAGAUGAGGCUCAGCCUGUUUUCUCUUUCUUUUCACAGCCAUCCCUUCCUGUCCUGUAUACAUUAUCCAGCCAAGCUACACAUGAAGCCGUUCAUCUCCUUUGUAGGAUGUUGGUCUUUGAUCCAGUGAGUUGGUGCUUCGUGUUCUGCAUUUUGAAAGGGUGGGGAAUGGGUGGAAAUCAAAAAAUAUAUUUGUGUGUGGGCAUAGGGCUAAGGUCGCUUGGCUCCAUAGCAAUCUUGACACCACGUCCACAUUCACUGAUGCAGCCUGGUCACGUGGACAAGGUGCUUGUGAUGAUGCGGCCAGCCAUGUGUUCUCUCAGCCCUUGCCCUUCUUGGAUGAUUAAAGCUUGCCCGAGGAGGUUUGCCUGGAUGGCUCCAGGGCAUGAUCAGCACAUCCUUGUGUGACGGAGUGAGCCCAGCCAUCUUGAAAGAGGCACACAAACAACUGCAAAAAGCCCACCCUGUACCCAUUGGUUUGUGACAACUACUGUUUGGUCACAAGUAUCCCCUUUCGAGGGAAGGUGAAGGGGGAAACUGCUCCAAUAUCACUGAAAGGAGAGUAGGAGACACGGGGCUUAAACAGAGCACAUCCAUGAGUCCCAGUCCUCACUCUCUGAAAAACCAUUUCAAUGAAGCUGUGUGGACACAGUUUCCCACUUCAUACUGGAACACAGGUGCAUGUCAAAUUUUCAGAUUUCCAUAGCCCCUUGUGAAUCUUCAUGGGUCUCCAUUUCUUCUUCUUCUUCUUCUUCUUCUUCUUCUUCUUCUUCUUCUUCUUCUUCAUCAUCAUUCUGCAAGCAAACACUGCUUUUAAAACACAUUCUAUUCUGUUGCCUGAGCUCAUCUGAGUUCCUUUCAACUCAUCUACCCGGCUGUGGAUUUUCUAUCUUUACAACCGGCCACCCUCGGAAGGGAAGUGGGAUUCUAUCAUGCAAAGGUGUUUGGUGACUCAUCCUGGGCUCCCUUCUUCAGCUUAAGUGUUGGUGGCAGAACACUUGAUUGGCACCAUGUGGGCGCUUGCCUUUCUGUAGCAAGUGGUUUUUUCCACUUCCCUUUUGCCACUUGUGUGGAGGGCUCUGUGCUUUCCUCUUUGGUCUCGAGCCCUUUGUUCUUGGCUUCAACUUUUCACUUUCCAUGAAGCAUCCUUGGCUUUCCCUCAUUUUAGCAAUACUGAGAGGCAGCCUGUGGCUAGAGGACUCUUGAGGGUGGCUGUGGAAUGCUGACAGCAGAUGAGUUACUCCUUCCUCCAAAAAGCCCUAUCUCUUUGUUCAGACCUUCCUGGAAGGAAGAGCAUAUUUGGCAUGCCUGGGGGUUUUUUUGCCUGUGGUGAGAGGUAUGGCAGAGGCUCCUUAAAGAGGAAUUCUGUCACUGUUUUGCUUUACAACGCUCCAGAGUUAACAGGCCCUUAGGAAGCAGACCACACUCCCUCAAAACCAAGCAGUAUGGGAAGCUCUGGGGCAAGAAGGCAUACCAAACUCAUCGGAGGCUUGCUUUGCUUUGCUUUUAAUACUUUUACAAUGGUUUUGCAACAACAACAUUCAGCACAAAGCAGCUCACAAUAUGAACAUAAUAGCAUUAAAAAGUAGCAAUUCUUAAAAUUGCUAUAAUCGUACCAAAAAGACAAUAGCAUAUAAGCAAAACAACAACAACCAUAUUCAUCAAAACAGUUGAUGCAGUUCAAUACAAACUUACAAUCACAAUACAGUGGUACCUCAGGUUAAGAACUUAAUUCGUUCUGGAGGUCCGUUCUUAACCUGAAACUGUUCUUAACCUGAGGUACCACUUUAGCUAAUGGGGCCUCCCUCCACCACCACACCAUGAUUUCUGUUCUCAUCCUGAAGCAAAGUUCUUAAGCCGAGGUACUAUUUUUGGAUUAGCAGAGUCUGUAACCUGAGGCGUCUGUAACCCGAGGUACCACUGCAUCAGAAAUGGCUGCUGAGCAACAACCCCCUGCUAGCUGGCAUACUCUCUUUGGGAAGGGGCUUCUUUGCCCAGAGCAGCAGCUGUAGCACCGCAGUCCCAGGCAGCAAGAUAUUUUGUAGCUUUUAGUCUCGACUUCUUUUUCAGCCUCAGAGAAGUGUUUCUGUGUUGUUUUCUGAGGGGUGGGACAACAGGUUCCACAGAAGAUCCAGAUUGCCUAGGAUGCCUUUUCCCAUAUGGGAUAUUAAAGGCAACCCCUUUCCACACUCCCUUUGGAGGAGUGCACUUGGGGGGCGGUCCUCUCCUCUCUGGGGCUGUAGGCAAAAAGCCACAGGACAAGAGUGCUUUAGCUCUUGCACUCAGUGCCCCAGUGGCUCACACCUCUGGCAAGGCAUGAACUUUCAAAGUUUCCAAGAGGUAAGGAGAGUAAACAGGCCCGAUGAGUUUAAGGCUUUCGGGUGGAACCUCACAGGUACAGACUCCCAGAAAAUGCCUUUUUUCUCUAUAAAACGGAUGUCUAUGUCUCCCCAUCUCUCUCUCUCUCUCUUUCUCUCCCCACCUAAUAUGUUUUACAUAUUAAUCCAACCUAUCUAUAAACAGCUAACGCUCUUAAUAAGAUGCCCUUUGUGUCCAGCAAGUCAAUUUAGUCUUGGAGGCUGUUUGCAACAAAGUUAUUUAAUAGUAUCAGAACUACUUCUUCCAGAAGGCAUUUCUGGUGGGGUGGGGUGGGGUGAGGAAGAGUAUAUGGUUUAACUUAUGAGCCACCUGUUGCCAUGUGGGGAAAAGUUCAAUUAUUCGCAGCGCUGGGUAUUUCAAGCAAACACUGCCUCCUAGUGGUUUUUGUAGUAGUACACAGAGGUUAGAAAAAAUGAUUAGUUUUAUAUUUGCAUGUUGUGAAUACGUGUGAGCAAAUAAAAAUCCCCCUUUAAAAUAAUUAAUUGUGUUUUUCUCUCCCUCCCCUCAUAUUCCAGUCCAAAAGAAUAUCCGCUAAGGAUGCCUUAGCUCAUCCAUAUCUUGACGAAGGGCGUUUGCGAUAUCAUACCUGUAUGUGUAAAUGUUGUUUUUCCACCUCUACUGGAAGAGUUUACACCAGUGAUUUUGAACCCAUCACAAAUCCCAAAUUUGAUGAUACUUUUGAAAAGAACCUCAGUUCUGUUCGGCAGGUUAAAGGUCAGUAUUUUAGGUUAGGAAUGUCUCAUUCCUCUUGGUUAUUGUUGACUGCUUUGUUGUUAUGUCAGAUUGAUAAAGCUGCAUACAGAGCUAGGUAUGUAUAAUAUUUGUGUAUAAAGCAGAGCAUACAUAAUAUGUGUGCACAUUGUGCCUGGAGAGCAUAAUGUGGAGAGCAUCCUUUACUACAGCAUAUGUAUGAGAAGUGCCCCUCUUUAAUCUGUGAGUUCUGAAAUACAUGCAAAAUGGGAAUGUUUCAGCAUUUUGCAGAUUUCUGCCCCACAAGAUGUUGCUGCUGUUUUUCCUAGGCAUGUUCAGAGCAAAGAGGUUUUUUUAUUUUUUUUUUAUAAGAUAUUUAUUAAGGUUUUCAAAAUAUUACAAAAUAAAAAUAGAAAAAAGAAAAAUACAAAAUAAAAAUAGUUAAAGACAAGUCAAUCUUUCCAUUACUUAUUUUUCAUUAGCUUGUUUCCCGGACCUCCUCACGCCUCCCUUUUUUGUAUUCCAGUUCAGUUUGUUGGUUCAGCAAAUCCUUCCCCUCUUUGAUUAUCCUAAUCUUUAAUCUUAAAGUAUUGUAACAUUAAAUUUUUACCUGUUAGUAAUCCAUUUUUCAUAUUCCCUUAUAAUAUUUCAGCUAAAAACCAUUUAAUUUCUAUCCAACAUCAUUCUAACAUUCAUUUUCCAUAUUUCAUAAUAUUCUGUCAUUACAUUACCUUAAACUAUUUUAAUCUUAUCUUACUAUAAAAAACCUUGAGACUUAAAACUUAAAUCUUAUUUUUACCAACUUCCCAUAACCAUGAUAUUCUUGCAUAAUUCUUUAAACAUUUUUACUAAAGCCAAGUAAUUUCAUUCCAACAUUUUUCUAACAUUCAUCAAUUUUAUAAAACGGUCCUAGUAGUGAAAAAAAGAAAUAAAAACAAAUCCAAUCUUCAUCCAGCGUCCCUUCCUCCUGGUCCCGGGUUUUGUCAGUCCUUAUUAUCCCAUCAAUCUGGCGCAUUAACCUGGUAAUCUUAUAUCCGAGGCCCUUAAGUCCCUUCCAUGUACCUUCCGCAGCUCUUCUUCAUAUUUAUAGCUGUAUUUUCCUUUGUCUCCUGCUCCUUUCACUCGUGGGAACUGCAACUUAACAGUAUUUUUGACCCUUCUCGACAGAUCAGCCCCUUUUCCAUAAUCGACACUAAAUUCCAUGUGGUAUUUAAAAACAUGUUUCAGUAUCCCUCCAAAAUUAAGAGUCCCCACAAUCCCAAACAUCUCACGGCCCAUUGCCAGACUUGAAAAGUCCAAUUUCAUAGGAGGGUCUAUCCAACCCCCCAUUUCCAAACCAAACCAAACUUUUUCUUUCCAAAUCUGGUUUUUUCCAAGUUCAUUUGUCAAAUCCAAAGCUCAUAUUCCUGUAGGGCCUGUUCUGUCAAGACACACUCCUGAUUUAAUUCCUGGGUGGGCUCCACAUAUUUUCCCACUGCCUGUUCAAAAUUUCCCACUGCCUGUUCAAAAUUUCUAAUCGAGUCAGCCAUCAAAUUUGUCUUCUCAUGUAACUGUUCCAGUAGGGCAUUUGUUUUAUAGAAAGCACACAACAGAGCUUCUGAAUACAUUGUCCUGAAGGUCAGAUGUCUAUUCCCACGAUUGUAAUCUGUAACAGAUGCCGGCUCCCAGGAGUUGGUUACAGUUUCACAGUCUCCCUCUAGGGGGAAAACUUCUGUUUAAUCUUUCUUUUAAAGACAAGUCUAGCAACAGAGUUUCCUUUUUUCAGUUAUUUUGUCAAUAUUUGUUCCUUUAAGGUGCGAAAGGAAACAAUGGAAUCACUAUGUUCCUCUUCUUUUAGCUAUCUGUCAAAAGCGCUUAUUUCUGGUCGAUGAGCUUCAAACGUCAGUCCUGACACCCCGCUCCACUUUAAACGCACUUCUGCAGGUUUAAACAGUCCAGAAAAGAUCCCCCUUCUUCUCCUGCUGCCGAAGGGGGAUUCAACAAUUUUAAAUGAUGAAAGCCAAUCCUUUAGAGGCGAUUUUCUGAGCUCUAGUUUACGUUGUCUUUGCUUUAUUCUGUCUACAAAGAAACGGAAGGCUGACUUCCUAUUUAGACCUUCCCGUUUCAGUACCAAAUUGAAAUAAAAAUUUUAAGUCCAAUUCCUUUCUGCUCGCAAGUCCUUAUUUAAAGUCCAAUUGUUCAAAGUUUAAGUACUCACGGGUGCUUAUUUUAGAAGCCAAUUUGUCCCAAGAAAAAGGCAGCGCUCUCCAGCAACAGCUGUGUGGCUUCGCUCCACGGAAAUAGCAGUUGACUCACAGCACCACGCCACUUCCCCCUCUUCGCUUCGGAGCCCGUUAGUGGGUUCCUUUGCGGGUUGGGGGGGCGCUAAGGGUGCCCGCCGAGUCCCAUGGUCACAGGCUUCAUCCGCCUGUGAUUUUUAAAAGGGUCCCUGCUUCGCCGUAGCGGAGAAGACCCGUUUCGCGCAGAGCUAGUCCCUCCAAUUCAGAGGGAGUCCGCCAUUGCCGAUGGUGCCACCCUGGAAGUCCGCAAAGAGGUUUUUUUUAAAUUACUGUAGCGAUUUCCUUAAUUGACUAUGGCUCAUGGUGUUAAUCAACUUAAGUUUCCUUUAAGCAGGUGACCACUCUAAUUAUACUUUGUGUGAUUGUUCAGUAGUAAAAAGAAAGAAAGAACGAAAGAACGAAAGAAAGAACGAACAUAGUAGAACUCCUGAAUAUUUUGAGAAAAACCAAACUGAGACAGGAGAUGAGGAGCUUUGGGCUCCUACAGUACAUCCUGAUCUGAUGAAUGUUUGUGUUUCUCAAGUGGUGUUGUUUGACUUUCUUGCAUGCUUCCCCCCUGUACAACCCUAAUGUACUAUGCAGUUCUUAUCAGCUUGUGUGAAGUCGGGUUUCCUUCCUUUCAUCCCUGAUCACUUCUUGUUUUUCAGAAAUAAUCCAUCAGUUCAUUUUGGAACAGCAGAAAGGAAACAGAGUGCCUCUGUGCAUCAACCCGCAAUCUGCUGCUUUUAAGAGCUUUAUUAGGUAACUGUAUGUAAUCACAUCUGAUAUUCAUUCACCUUUUUUUUUUUUAGUGGUGCAGCAACUUUUAAAAUGAAGCCUAUAUUUGAAUUAAGAGCUCUGCAACAACUUUAGCCAUGCACCUAACGUGUUAUUUGAGUGCUUUAGUGUUUACCAUGAUUAGGUUUUGUCCAGCAAGAGCUGCCACCGUGCAAAACCCCACUGAACAGGAGCAGAGAACACUUGGCGAGUUGUUCCCUUGGGGUUUUUUCAUGGCGCUACAAUCUUCUUUGACUUGAUUGGGUGUGCCAGAAGUAUUCCAUAAAGUGGUAAUCAGCCACUCAUCCAGGAGAAGGAGUUGGUGUUAAGCAGAGAAGGGGAUAGGAAGCCAGUGGAAGGAAUUAAGUUACACGCCUUGAUCAACAAGGGGGUUGAAUGCCUCUUGACCAGGCUUCCUCAACCUCAGCCCUCCAAAUGUUUUGAGACUACAAUUCCCAUCAUCCCUGACCACUGGUCCUGCUAGCUAGGGAUCAUGGGAGUUGUAGGCCAAAAACAUCUGGAGAGCCGAGGUUGAGGAAGCCUGCUCUUGACAGGAGAGUUGUGAGGGGAACUGAGAUGUGAGGGGAAGGUUGCAGGAGCCAAGAUGGGAAAUAGGUAAGGCAAGAGCACAGCGUUCAGACAAAGGGACAUUUAAAGCUCAUUUCCCUUCUGAAUAAUCCUGACAAUUAUAAUUUGCACCUCACCGAAUUAAAAUUCAGAAGAACCUUAACAAAGUACAGUUAAGAUGACUCUCUUGGUGGGGAUGGAUGUGCUUUCAGUGUAUGGAAUCUACUUAGCCUAAAAGGCAGAUCCUGUAUUUGCAACAUAUGGCCUUACUAUCUCUCUCUCUGUCUCUGAGCAACCACAGUCACACCUCUCGAAUCAGGGGGCGAUAUUUCUUCCACAGUCUGUGCAUUCUGGCUGCCAAGGCUCUGCUGCCUCCCCGUGCCUGACCCCACAGACAAGUGGCAAGUGCCACUGCCAUGCUAGCAUGCGGUGUGGCCUUCUCUGUGUUCCUGUAGCCUCUUGCAGGUGAACGCUGAUCUUCUGUGUCUUUCUGCCUUCCAGUUCCACGGUCGCUCAGCCGUCCGAGAUGCCUCCAUCUCCACUGGUCUGGGAGUAA